GGGAGCGGUAUACAAAUUUGAAGAAGAAGAGGAAGAAGCAAAGGAAGGAGGAAGGAAGGAAGGAAGGAAAGAAGGAAGGAGCAGAGGAAGAAGUAUGGUUAGGAAGAACCCAUGUGUUAUGACAACACAGUUCCCAUCUAGAUCUUGUUUUCACCUAAGGAGACAGUGCCUUUCCCCCCGCUGGGAGAAAGCUGAGAAUCAAGUUAGCAUUCAAGGCAGCCAAACCACGCGCGAGAAAAGCUGCCCGGCUGCUGGAUGCCGCGCAGCCUGCAUUAUUUCCUCGGUAGGGAAGGCAGCCCCGCCGAGAGGCCGGCCUUCCUAGCCAGCCAACCCGCGGGGCGUUGCAGCCCGGCUGCCCGGCGGCGUCCCUUUCCCCGCCGUUCGCCCUCUCGUCCAGCCUCGAGUCGCCUGCCCCGACGGCGGAGGGGCGCGCGUGCGCCUGCGCGCGGGUCUCUCUCAGGGACGUGGCCCGCUUUCUCGAGGCUGGAGCUGCUGGAGAAAGGGUGGGGAGACAAGGAGGGAGGGAAGGAAGGAAGGAAGGGGGAAAGAGAGGACGAAGAAAGGCGGGACGCCGUCCGGGCGGGGAGCUCCGAGGCAGCAGCAGCAGCAAGCAGCGGCGGCGGCUCCGGGCCGGGCUGGCUGCCCAGGAAACUGAUGUUCUCGCCUUCUCUCCCCGGCAAAGGCUUCCAAGGUGAGCGAGCGGCGCCCCUCCUGGCCCCCAUCGCUCCUUUGCACCCCAGGGGGGGAGGAGGAGACCCCAUGGGAAGAGCCCACCCACCCACCACCCCGGGGGAAAGGGUGCCGGGGUUGGGGAGCCCGGUGGCCUUGGAGAGGGCCAGGGCGCACGGAGCCCCCUCGCCGCGCUGCGCCCUGGAGACGCGAAUGACAGGAAGGUGUGGACGCCUCUCUCUCUCUCUCUCUCUCUCUCUCUCUCUCUCUCUCUCUCUCUUUCUUUAAUUCUUUCUCUGUCUCCUCGGGCCUGUUGUGGCCUUGCAAAGAGAGCUGCUCUGCAUGCUCUCCCUUCCCCGCGUCUUGCAGGCGUCUUGCAAAAGGAAUUGCAACAGAUCAACAUCGGAGAGCGCGCUGCUUGCGCUGGUGCGGGAUUUCGUCGGGUUUCCUCCUCCUCCUCCUUUCCACCCACCGGAUUUCCUCUCUGCGGCGGGGGAACGACCCCUGUGUUGUGUGUUUCUGUGGUUAGUCUUUGCGGCAACGUCCCUUCUUGGCUCUCCCAGGCUGAGCACCAACUCCAAGUGAAGGGACCUGAUCCGGCUUUAUCAGACAGGGCAUAAUCCCUCAGAGAUGAGACCGCGUUUUUUCCUUAAAGAUGCUCAGCCGUCAGCAAGAGUGCCCCUGAGUAAGGGCAGAGAGCUUUCUGCUUAACCACAGAAAGGUUGCACUCGCAGAUGGUGCAGCACAAAACGUCAGUCUUGUAGUUCACUUGUUGAGGAUUGAUUUCAACCCAUGGGAUGCACCCAACCUAAGAACUGAGUGGCUCCAGUCAGUCCGCACUAGGUCCACGAGGCGCAUCUACAAUCCCAUCCCAACCACAUGUGGCAAAGAAUAUUUUUUCUUGUCCUGCGUGUAAUUCUCGGUCAGAGGUGGAGGUGUCUUAAAUCAGAUGCGCCCAUUUUUGAAAUCCUUUUAUGGCAGCAGCGAGCCACACACACACACACACACACACACACACACACACACACACGAUGGCAUGCAUUUUAAGAUCUCUGCAUUCUCUCCUGCAAAACAGUUGGUUGAGAUGGGGAGGAGGGAAGAUCCCCAAAGGAGCUCAGGCAUGGAGUUAGUUCCUUAGAGAAGCUUAAGUAUGUCUGAGACACUGUUUUGGAAAAAUAAGCUCUAGGCCUCUGGUCCUUUUGACUUGGCUUGGUUGCACCACCCAUUACGGAGACUGGUAUGUUUUCCCUGUUUAAGGCUUGAAACCAUUUUUCCUGAGCUGCUUUUUCCCUUCCCUUUGCCCAGCUAUGGUAUCCCAUAGGACACUCUGGGAUAACAGCAAGGUUUUAUUACUGAUACUGCUCAUUCUCAUAAGAAGAUUCCAUUACCCUUGCAGCGGAAGAAGAGAGAUUCUGUUGAUAUGUGUGGAUCUUGCCUGGGGGAGUGAAUUACCCAAGACAUCUAGUUUGAGCCCAGUGGCCUUUACAAGGGGUAACAUGUUGAUUUCAGCUGGCUUGCAAGCACCUAACAGAAUCAAACUGAAACACAAGUUUCUACAUGAACCAUGUUAACUGAUGCCUAUCUCUUGCUUAAAUGGCAGUAGAAUGAAUUGAGGUGGUCCUUCAGAAGAUGCUAGAUAUUUAUUUAAAAGUGACUGAUCCUCUUGCAUCCCCGAGGCAUUGGAAAUAUUGAUCCGCCUGUUUAAACUUUCAUGAGUCUCUGCUUGCUAGUUCAAAACAAGAUUUUGUCCAUUAUAAAUACUCAUGUACGAAACAUUCUUCUGCCAAGUUGCAGUUUGGACAGCCUUUAACUUCAGAUUGACUAAUUCUAAACCAGAAUGCUUGCAUAAGAGUGAUGAGCUUGCAUAAGGAUAUUGUCAUUUUUCCACAGAAUCAUAACCCACUUCCUGUAAAAAAAAAAGUGUUUUUAAAAAAUCCCUGUUAAGUCAGCUAUUUGUAUACUCGGCAUGCUGAGGUUCAGUCCAGGAUAGCUUUCCGGGAAGUUCAGUUUGCUUUUGGAAAGAGUUUAUGUUUCCUCGAAAAUUCACCCCAGAAGAUACUGUGAUGAAACUUUUGAGAGAAUAAAUGACGUUUAAAGCAGAGGUGUAUGCUCAGAUCGGCGAGGGUUGCUCAAACCAAUGAUGGAGGCUUGGGUGAAUAUUUUAUCAUUCAGCAUAGCUGAAAACUAUGCACUUCUGAACCUAGGGACAGCGUGUAUACAGGGAUAGAGGCAUUUCCCCUCCCUGUUCCCACUCUUGAUUUGCCUGUGGGGCUUAGCUGAUCCACAAAGAUGUGGGAAAAGCUGCAGACAAUGGGUGUUUGGAAUUCCCCCAUGGAGUAGCAAGUGGAGUGGGAGGAGGCCGAAAUCUUAUUUUCUGCAGGCGUCUUUGUAGGGAGGAGAAAGCUGACCUUGAGGGAAAAACAAAAGCUUGCUACAGUUGGAACAACGAUGUUUGUUUGCUGAGUUAAAAAGAGAGAGAGAGGGCUAUCCACUUAGGAUAUCCAACUUAAAAACUCUGGGAGAUAGGCUGAAGGCCAAGCCACACAUUACAGUUGGUUUAUUAUAUCACUGGUCUCAUUUUGUCUGUACUAAAUAUAGUUGGAUUGGGCAAAGGGGUGGGGGUGGAGGUGGGGGGGUGGAACUGAUUUGAUUCCUCAAGUGGUGCCAGGGUGGAGAUGUUUAACACUUUCCCUUGCCCUAUUUUCCCAUUCUAAAUUGCUUCUCUCACACUGCUACUUGCUCCACAGGGAAGUAUAUAAGUGCCUGUAUCAUGGCUGCAUUCUCUCUCCCUCUCUCCCUCCCUCCCCUUGCAAAUCAGCAGACAGUAUUUUUGGGGAAGGGUUAUUUAAAUUGAGGGAGGUAACCCUCCUCCUCCCGCUGCAUUUUUUCAAUGCUGCUUUACUGAUCAAAUCAGCACCUUCUUUCCCUGCAUGCAGAUGUAUUUAGUUAAAAACAAACAAACUCAAAACACCAGGAGAUCAAUCAAAGAUUUCCCAGCAUAGCAUGCAAUUUUUUAUUUUAUUUUAUUUAUGGCUCCCCUUUAUCACAUACACAGCCCAACAGGACAAUGACAAUAAUCCACCAACAGCAUACAAAUCAAUAUGGCUAACCUGAUCCAAAACACCCACCCACCUCACUCACACACGAAAACAAAGAUCACCACAGCCAAUCACAAGCAAACAAUCACACCCUAGGCCAACCCCAACCUCUCUCACCACCAAAGGAACACAAGUGAACAACACAAGCAACGCUGACACCAAACUCUACAUACAUUAAACAUAAGCAUAGCAUGCAAUUUGUCCCUAAGGCAGCUCAGCACUUGUUACCUUCCUGCGGCAGGCUACUAUAACCUAGUUUGAGAUUAAGAUUUACUUACAUUUUGACACUAUUUUUUCGUUUUUCUGAUGGUUUCUGGGAUUUUGAGCAAGGCCAGAGAAGCUGACAUCAAUGUGGGGGAGAGGCUGUCAGGUGCAUAUUGAAAAGUCAUGGGGUAUUGUGCGUUUUCCCCCUUGACUCCAUUUCCUCACCUUCUCCACAUUGUUUAAUGCUGAGGCCUGGUGUUUUGUGGUUAGAGGGAAAUUACAUGGUUUUUCCAGCAGAUGGCUGAUAAGUGUAUAGAAAGGCAGGGCUUGUAUCCAGGAGGUUCAUGAAGACUAGAGGAAGACUAACUAAGAAUAGGCAAUUGGUGCAUGGUUUCCUAGGAUUUUGUGUUUUUAAUGUGGACAGUUGACUUUACCCCAGCAUAAUUCCCUUUUCUUUAUUUUACACAUAGGUGACACACUUAAGAUUCUCAUUUGCCCUUCAGUUUUUCAAGCUCCUGCAUACUGCUAACUGCAUUUAAACAAAAUCUCUUCAGGAAAUAAAAUCUGUAAGGACCAGGUGCUAGGGCUAGGGUUAAGCUGACAUUAGUGGGUUGUGGGAAAAAUUAACAGGGGUAGAAUCUCACUCUUUUAACAGCUGCAUUUUCCCCUCUGAAAGGAAGGGAGGGAGACCUGCCACUAGCAGUAAAGUAUCGAGAUAGCUUGAAAGUAAAUGCAAUUAAACCAAUUGGACCUCUUUCCAAAUAAAUGUGAUGAGGGCUAUGUGCAUCUCUUAGGUCUGUCUCCUAAAGCUGCUUUCGACAUUUUUUCUUCUUUUUUGUGUUGUUGUGGUUUAGUCAUUUAGUCGUGUCUGGCUCUUUGUGACCCCAUGGACCAGAGCAUGCUAGGCACUUCUGUCUUCCACUGCCUCCCGCAGUUUGGUCAAACUCAUGCUGGUAGCUUCGAGAACACUGUCCAACCAUCUCGUCCUCUGUCAUCCCUUUCUUUUUUGUACCAGCGUACAAAACAUUUAAUAUAUAUACCCAUAAACUCUAGCAUGCAUGAGGUAAAUGUGUAUAUAUCCCAUUGGAGCAGGACCAAGGAAACCCAAAAAGCAGUUGCUCCUUGUUGCUUGUUUAGCUGGGGGAAACUGCAAUCUGCUGAUACAUAAUGGGCAGAGUGGCCCUAAUUUUUACUGGCUGAUCCCCAUGUAAAACAACCUUGAAGCACACAGUUCUGUAGGUUUGGAGAUUUGUAGAAGGUGAUGAAAGAUAAGAUCUACUUUCAUGUAAGAUGAGCAUAGGGUUAGCAUAAGAUUAGCAUCUGUUACUCCUCUAAAUUGUUUUUCCAUUCUUGUGUCCUGAUCCUAAACUUGCUAUGUAAAUAGAAUGGAUGUUUCACUGGUACCGAUAGAAUUUUCAUGGAAAUAUGAUUAGCAUCCUAUCACACAAGCUGGGUUAUACACGAUCAAAAACUGUCCUCUACUGAACUUUUAAGACUAGAAACAUUUUUUUAAAAUACUGGCUGUCAGACAGCUCUUACUGUCAAAGUUCUUCCUGGUGUUUAAUUGGAAUCUCCUUUCUUUUAACCUGAAGCCCCUGAUUUGAUUCCUACCCUCCAGAGCAGGAGAAAACAAGCUUGCUCCAUCUUCCAGGUGACAGCCCUAUAGAUGUUUGAAGAUGGCUAUCCUAUCUUCUCUCAGUCUUCUCUUUUCCAGGCUAAACAUCCCAACUCCCUCAACUGUUCCACUUAAGGCUUGGUUUCCAGACCCUUGAUCAUCUUGAGUGCUCUCCUCUGCACAAUUUCCAGCUUGUCAAUAUUUUUCUUAAAUUGCGGCGUCCAGAACUGGACAGAGUAUUCUAGGUGUGGUCCGACCAAGGCAGGAUAGAACAUUACUAUGAUUUCCACUGAUCUGGGCACUUGGCUUCCAUUGAUGCAGCCUAGAAUAGCAUUAGCUUUUUUUGCUGCAGCAUCACACUGUUGAUUUGUGUUAAGCUUGUGGCCCACUAAGACCCCUAGAUCCUUUUCUCAUGUGCUACUGACAAGCCAGCUGUCUCCCAUCUUAUAUUUGUGCAGCUGGUUAUUCCUGCCUAGGUGUGUAGAACCUUAACAUUUGUCCCCAUUGAAAUUAUUUGGUUAGUUUGGGCCCCGUUCUCCUAUCUGUUAAGGUCAUAUUGAAUUCUGAUUCUGUCUUCUGUGGCAUUAGCUACCCCUCCCAGUAUGGUGUCAUCUGCAAAUUUGAUGAGCAUCCCCUCAAUUCCUUCGCCCAAGUCAUUUAUAAAGACGUUGAACAAUAACGGGCCCAGGGCAGAACCACCCCACUUCUCACUUUGUUCCAGGAUGAUAAGAAACCAUUAGCGAGCACUCUUUGGGUUCGGUCAGCCAACCAGCUACAAACCCACCUAACAGUUACCUUGUCCAGCCCACGUUUUACCAGCUUUUUCACAAGAAUAACAAGGGAGACUUUGUUAGAAGCCUUACUGGAAUCCACAACAUUCCCCUGAUCCACCAAGCUUGUAACUUAUCAAAAAAGAGAUUUCUCUGGCCUGAUGUAAGAGUUUCAUUCAGCAGGUGCACGUCAAAGAUAGGAUUCCGUUGUAAAUCUUAUUUCAGUUCUUGUUGAGUAUAAAUUGUUUUCUGCUUGGCUGCUUUCCCAUCUAACAAGAGCUAUCUGAUGGUUAUAGUUGUUAUAACCUUUUUUGCUCUGCCUGUUUGUUUUUAUUGGUUGGAUAUUAUCUUGCUUACCCUGAUAGUGCAGGAAAAGGAAAGUUAAGUACAUCUGUAGGUCAUUGCAAAUAUAAGACUAUGCCAAUUCUUAUCUAAAACAGUAAUUUUGUGUCAAUUCAUGUUAUUUUUAACAGAAGUUUUUUCUUAAGCGUUGGGUUUAAUAGCUGCAUUCACCACAAUCCACUUACUGAAUAAAUAAUGUUCAAAAAGAAUAAAGUAAAAUAUAUUAAUAUAUGAUAAUGGUUGGUCGUACUGAAGAGCUGAAUGUGAGAAGGAGUAACUUAUAUCUUCCAUCUCAUUUUUUAAACAAUAUAUUCAGGACCUUGCAUUCCUGUAACUUUUUAAUAAUGUUGCUAGCCAGCAUUUUUAUUGCAAUUUGAAUAUACUUAUUCUUAAUUGGAAAAUUCAUUCUUAAUACAUAUUAGUAUUCCCUGUCUUAGAUUAUCUCUUUAAUCCUUCUGAAGGCCAGGAUUAAUAAAAUUUCUGAAUGAUUUCUGUUUUAUGGGAAAAUGCUAUAAAAUUGAGAAGUCUUAAAAACAUCAUUUGGGGUUUUAGUCUUCAACUUCCUCUAUAAUUUCUUCCCACAAAAUAAUACGCAUUACCCUCUUGCAAACACCUCAUUUAGACAUUGGCCCCUGUUAGAAUGACAACAUAACUUACCAUAGCAUAAUAUUUAAGAUACUGGCUAUCAUUAAACAGCACUAAAGUAAUCAUUAGUGUGUUUUAUGGUACAUGAAGGCAUUAAGUAAGUGUAGAUUAGUAAUGUCCAUGGCUUAGAACUUGGCGAAUCCAUUUUCCAUUCUGCAGUGGACCAUAAACUUCACAGUUGGCUUAUGAUUUGGCUACUGUACUUCCAUUUAGGAAUAAAAAAUAUUGCCACUGACCCACUGGAGAAGCAUCAUUAGCACUUAAUGGGGGAAAGAAAUAAGGUGCACAGGUAUAACCUUAUAAGAAGUGUUUGCUCAGAUAAUAAUUUCUUUAUUGUGUGGCCUGAGGGACAUAUUGCCUCCAGGGGAGUGUGGGAGGGGAUUAAUUUCUAAGGCUGCCAUUUGUUGGGGUGACUGGUACAUAACAGAUAUGGUGUGAUACCAUUUGGAACUGGACUGCUCAGUAUGGGGUGGGUGUUGCUGGCAAGUGUCAGGGUCCAUCUUUCACCCCUUUUGUGUAUUCCUAUUUUCCAUAGAUUACAGUGGUAUCUCGGGUUAAGUACUUAAUUCAUUCCGGAGGUCCGUUUUUAACCUGAAACUGUUCUUAACUUGAAGACCACUUUAGCUAAUGGGGCCUCCCACUGCUGCUGCGCCACCGGAGCACGAUUUCUGUUCUUAUCCUGAAGCAAAGUUCUUAACCUGAAGCACUAUUUCUGGGUUAGCGGAGUCUGUAACCUGAAGCGUAUGUAGCCUGAAGCAUAUGUAACCUGAGGUACCACUGUAUAGGAAUUUCCUGGGUGCUUUGAGAUGAAUUGAAGGGCAAACACUUUAAUAUUCGUUGUUUAUUAUUAUUAUUUUACCAUUGCUCGGUUUAUGCGCUGGGAAAUCUAUUUCUCCACACUCCAAGGUGUGCUUUUCUUCCUUCGCAUCUCAUCAAUUCAGCUGUCCUCACUUAGGUUCGAAUGCAUUCACACUUGAGUUUGGAUAUAAAAGCAAUGAAUUUUGAGGUGCGGAUUCCAUUAACCUCAUUAAGUCAUGAAAAAUCUGACACGCUUUGUGUAAGUCAAGAAAACGGUAUUGGAGAGCUAGUGAUUUCCGGGACAGGUUAGCGAAAAGCAAGAGCCGUUGGCAUCCGUCUGUCUCGAGAGAAAAUGGAGUGUGCCUCCAGGGGGAAUUCGAACCAUUGCACCGAAGAUCUCUUCUGCGGGACACAAGCCUGGGCAGUGAGUAUGAAGGUCCUGGAUUGCCCAGAAGACAAGGCCCUGCCCCACCUUGUCCUCGCUGAUGUGGUCCAAAGAAAAGCAGAGCAAUGCGUUUGGCACCAGUUUGGCUGUAGCAGUUGCAGGAAGGAGGUGUAGAAGAUGCCAGUCAACCAUCUUAGGGACUUUACUCCGGAAUUGUGAGGGGUUUUCUUCUCAGCCUUUUCUUCUCCCAAAGAUGUCCCACAAGGCAGCGGAGGUUUAGGACCAGAGUUUUCCUUCUCUGAGAUCGGCUGCUUUCCCAGGUUGAUGAGCCCAACAUGCCCCUCACUUCCCUCUACAGCAUAGACAGAAACCACUUUCUUGGCCACUGGACUCACUACUUGUCUCGUCUGCUCAGCCUGCUGGAGCCUGUCUCCACAUGGAGGGGAAGCCCCUAACUCACCAAGGGUUUGAGACCCAUUGGCUAUCCCCACCUGGUUUAGCCAGCCAGUCAGAGUCAUUCCAGCUGUUUAGGGCUAACUACCCCAGAAGGAGCACAGUGUGUACUUACACGCUUACUACUACCCUGAGUGGGACGCGGGUGGCGCUGUGGGUUAAACCACAGAGCCUAGGACUUGCUGAUCAGAAGGUCGGCGGUUUGAAUCCCCGCGAUGUGGUGAGCUCCCGUUGCUCGGUCCCUGCUCCUGCCAACCUAGCAGUUCGAAAGCACACCAAAGUGCAAGUAGAUAAAUGGGUACCGCUCCAGCGGGAAGGUAAACGGUGUUUCCAUGCACUGCUCUGGUUCGCCAGAAGCGGCUUAGUCAUGCUGGCCACAUGACCCGGAAGCUGUACGCCGGCUCCCUCAGCCAAUAAAGCGAGAUGAGCGCUGCAACCCCAGAGCUGGCCAUGACUGGACCUAAUGGUCAGGGUUCCCUUUACCUUUACUACCCUGAGUAGACCUGUUGAAUCAAUAGACUCUAGUUUAUUAUUAAUUCAUUGAGUUCAUAGACUUGUAGAGAUGGAAGGGGUUCCAAGGGUCAUCUACUCCAACCCCCUGCAAUGCAGGAAUCUGAUCAUUUUUUACCCAAAUGCAUAAUGUACAUCGAUUUCCUUUAAAGCUAUCCUUUAAACAUUGUAUUCUGUAACAUGUACUAACAGGAGUAAACAAUCAAGUUUACAUAUAUGUACAAACACAGAGAGAGAGUAUUCGGUACUGUACAUGUAUUAAGUAGAUUGAAUUUUACAAUAAUAGGGGUAUGUCGGUAAGGAAAACUAAAUAUCUGUCACCAAAGGCAACCUCUUUUCAGCUGACUCCAAAACCUGGAGUGAGCAAAUCUAGGCAGAAAAGUGCAUGAGGCAACAGAAGGGGAAAGUAAAACUUUCCUUCUCCAUGUGCCCUUUUAGUUGUAAAUUUUUUUAAAAAAAAAUCCCUCUAAUGUGGGUUCAGAGAAGACAUGUGAAUAAACAACAAGGCUGCCUCAACUUGUCUGAUUUGGCCCUUAAAUUAGUCUGUAUGUGAAGUCUCCGAAGAGCAUUUUCAGUAGGUUGCUGUGUGAAACCUGGAUAUAUUUAUGCCCAGCACUUGUAUGAGACAAUCUGGAAAGGUCAAGCCUACCUUGACAUGUCCCUUUCUUGCUUUUGCUAAACAUGGCGAUUGUGUUACCUGAGAAACAAAAAUGCUAACCUGUGCUGGCAUUUACAGGUACAUAGUGACCGUGUUUUGCAGUUCUGCAGAAAUAUUUCAAAUUAAAGCGUCAACAAGUCAUGCAAAUUAGAAAACCCCUGGGCUCAGACCAAACAACAUUUUCAAGUUCUCUGGAAACUUGCUUUGUGGGGGAAUAAAUACCUGUCAUUGCUUUAAAAGAAGAGGGAACGUUUGCUGUUCUUUGAGGCUUUGUGGGUUUUUUAGCAUGUUAAAAUUAUGCAUAUUUACUUCUGCAGUUUUUACUUCUCCUUUCAAGUUCAGUCAGUGGCUAUUUAAAAAAAACAACAACUGGUGUUUUUGGGUUCCACUAAUGUAGAAGCACUUUCUCGGAGUGAAAGUUUUUCUCUUUUCUUGGCAGAGAGCAAUUUCUGCCUUGCUCUUGGUUGCUUCUAUUGUGCCAAAGAAAACAAAUGUCUUGGCUUGUGAAGUAUCACCAACAAGAAGAAACCUCUUGCAUGUAAAUACGGCUGGCAAAUGAGAUAGACGGUUCCGGGUUGGCAUUGCUCUCUGUAUUCAAAUUUAUGGAGGUGAAUCAGAGACAAACAUUGGCACCAGAGGCCUGCAGGAGCAAACGGGGAGCAGGACAAGUACAGCUCACCCUGUAGCAAAGCAAAACAAAAAAUCCAGCAUCCUUGAUAAGGGGAGCUCUGUUGACUCGGGUCAGCGGUUUAUACAGUGGUACCUCAGGUUACAUAUGCUUCACGUUACCCAGCUAACCCAGAAAUAGUGCUUCAGCUUAAGAACUUUGCUUCAGGAUGAGAACAGAAAUUGUGCUCUGGCGGCGCAGCAGCAGCAGGAGGCCCCAUAAGCUAAAGGGGAUGUUUCAGGUUAAGAACAGUUUCAGGUUAAGAACGGACCUCCCGAACGAAUUAAGUACUUAACCUGAGGUACCACUGUAUAGUCUAGCAGCCUAUUCUCACAGUGACCAACCAGAUGCCUACAACAGUGGUUCCUAAUUGGUGGUCUGUCUGGGCCAUCCUGUUGGGGCAGGCAUAUAAUAAUAAUAAGAAGAAGAAGAAGAAUAAGAAUAAUAAAUUAUUUAUGCCCUGCCUAUCUGACUGGGCUUCCCCAGCCACUGUGGGCAGCUUCCAACAAAAUAUUAAAAUACAGCAAUGCAUCAAACAUUAAAAGCUUCCCUAAACGGGGUAGCCUUCAGAUGUCUUCUAAAAGUCUGGUAGUUGUUCUUUUUGACAUCUGGUGGGAGGGCGUUCCACAGGGCAGGUGCCACUACCGAGAAGGCCCUCUGCCUGGUUCCCUGUAACUUGGCUUCUCGCAGUGAGGGAACCGCCAGAAGGCCCUCACCGCUGGACCUCACUGUCCGGGUAGAACAAUGGGGGUGGAGACGCUCCUUCAGAUAUACAGUGGUACCUCGGGUUACAUACGCUUCAGGUUACACACUCCGCUAACCCAGAAAUAGUGCUUCAGGAUAAGAACAGAAAUCGGGCUCCGGUGGCGCGGCAGCAGCAGGAGGCCCCAUUAGCUAAAGUGGUGCUUCAGGUAAAGAUCAGUUUCAGGUUAAGAACGGACCUCCGGAACGAAUUAAGUACUUAACCCGAGGUACCACUGUACUGGACUGAGGCCAUUUAGGGCUUUAAAGGUCAGCACCAAUACUUUGAAUUGUGCUCGGAAACGUUCUCGUGUGAGAGCAUGGUGCCCAAAAUCGUGUGAGAUCGCAGCACCUAAAAACGCAGGUCACGUGACCUGCAUGAGAGUGUGGCUUGGUUUUGUGCUGGGACAUGUUGGAGGGUAUGGUGACACCGUUCACGUAACAAAAAGUACCCCAGAGAUAUCAAUAUUUUCAGAAGUAGAGGGUCCGUGGCUUGGCUUUUGAUAAACAAAGGGUCUGCAGUACUUGGCUAAUUGGGAACCACUAGCCUAAUAGGAAGCCCCUCAAGUAGCCUAAAUGCAACAUCGCUCUCCUUGCUUGUGAUUUCCAGCAAGAGAUAUUCAGAGGUAGCCAUCACGGCCAGUAGCUAUUGAUAGCCUUAUCUUUCAUAAAUUUGUCUGCUUCUCUUUUAAAGCCGUCCAAGCUGGCGGCCAUCAGAACAUCUUGUGGGAGCAAAUUUCAGUGUUCACUGCUUCACACGGCAUAUAGUUUCCUUUCCCUUGUCCUGAUUCUUUCAGCAGUCGGCUUCAUCGGAUGAUCCUGGGGUUCUAGUUUUCUGAAAAAAAGAGGAAAACUUCCCCCUGUCCAUGUUCUCAACCUUGCACAAUCUUAUGCACGCCUGCCAUGUCCAACCAUGCUCCCUUUCUUUCCAAACUUAAAAAGCCCGAGAGCUUUCCUCUCAGAAGGGUUGAUCCAGCCCCUUGAUCAUUUGGGGUUCCUGUUUUCUGAACCUUUUCUGUCUCCACGCUAUUGUUUUUGAGGUGAGAGGACCAGAAUGCAGUGGCGUAGCAUGGGUUACCAAUGCCCCGGGGCCGCACGGACAGAGUACGCAUGCACAUUCAACUGCUUAAUGGCAUACACAUCACCCAUGAGAUUGCAAUUGCAGAGAUAAGAAGAGAAAAGUCAUUCCGUUGUCUGGAGAGGUCACUUCCUGGUUCGCAUGCAGAAGUGGUUCUCCACGGAGCCCACUGAGGCAGCACCAAUUGUUGAAAUUUUGUGCCCCUAAUGAUUUUGCACCCAGGGCAACCGCCCCUGCGCCCCACCCCCACCCUGUGCCCCUGCUAGAAUAGAACACAGUACAGCGGUACCUCGGGUUACAUAUGCUUCAGGUUAUAGACACUUCAGGUUACAGACUCCGCUAACCCAGAAAUAUUACCUCAGGUUAAGAACUUUGCUUCAGGAUGAGAACAGAAAUUGCGCAGCAGCAGCAGGAGGCCCCAGUAGCUAAAGUGGUGCUUCAAGUUAAGAACAGUUUCCGGUUAAGAACGGACCUCCGGAACGAAUUAAGUACUUAACCCGAGGUACCAUUGUAUUCCAAAAUAUCAUAGAUUUGUAUAAUGGCAUUGUGAUAUUGGCAGGUUUUUUCCAGUCCCUUUCCUAAUGAUCCCUAACAUGGAAUUUGCCUUUUUCAUAGCUGCCACAGACUGGAUCAACAACUCCAUUGAUCUUUCCACUAUAUCCUCAAAGUCUUGCUCCUGGUCAGUCAUUGAAGUACAGACCCCAUUAGUUUAUAUGUGAAAUUGGCAACAACAAAAAAGACUCAGUGUGAAUCACUUUACAUUGAAUUGUGCUUGCCAUUUUAGUGAUCAUUCACUUUUUGGGAGCUCCCUGAAAUCCAAUUUUGUUUUAACCAAGAAUGAUUUCAUGGUUAAUCCUGAAGCAAACCUGGCUUUCUCACUGCUCGUCAUCUCAGCAAUGCUGAGAAAAAAUUAUCACCCAUCUGCUACUGUAAAAGGUAUUUAACAUACAUUUAAAUCUCUUAAUUAUCACCGGCUGUAAUUUUUUGCCAUCCAUUUCCCACCUUGAUUCUUUUUUCUUCAUAUAUCUGCCAGCUAAGAUUUCACUUCAUGCAUCUAAAGAAGUAGGUUUGAGUCCGCAGAAGCUCAUGCCAUUAAAAAAUGUUAGUCUUUCAGGUGCAACAAAACUCCUUUGUUUUUACUGUAAAUGUGAAAUAGCACUGGUCAUGGGUGUAGCCAAGGGAGGGCUGGGGGGGGCAGCUGCUCCCCAUAGAUCCACAAAUAUUAUUGAAAAGCAUUGAAAGUAAUCACUUAUCUGAGGUUCUGCCCCACCCCCAGCAGAAACCUGCCCUCUGCAAUGUCCUAUUUAUGAGGUAUUUUUACCCACGAUUUCCCAAGAAAAGCUCAACAACUUUGAGUUCCUAAAAAACAAAAAAAACCCCCUCAAAAAUCCAUCGCACUGAUUCUCUUCUUUGUUAAUACACAAACUACUGGUAAGAUAUCUGUGAGCAGGCCAGCUAGUAAAAUUUGGCUGUGGGACUAGACAUUUUUCCGUAAGUCUUAUUAACAAGGCUGACGUACCUGCAAGCUUUAGAUGCUUUAGAUGUUGUUUUUUCAGAACUUGCAAAUGCUCGAUUUCCUAUCAGUUCUUUCUUCUCAUAAAAUAAAUGCACCAGUGAUCAUUAAUAGAUACCUGAGAUGAUUCUAUGUGGCUGAACAAAUUACAGUUGCAUGGAAAGGGAAGGAGAAAAAACAAAGAUGGGGUGUGUGUGGAACCACUGGAGGGAUCCAGCUAAACACGUAUGGUUAUGUGCUUGCCAUUCCUGACCAGGGAGCUGUUAAAUGCCUCCUUGUAUGCUUUCCUCCUCAGGUGGCGACAGACAAGGUUACAGGGAAGCUGAGUUCUACUCUCUCAUGGGUGAAGAACACUGUCAGUCAAAUGGCCAGCCAGGUGGCAAGUCCAUCUGCUUCAUUACACACGGCAUCCUCCUCUACCACGCUCUCGACUCCAGCGUUGUCUCCUUUGUCCCCCGCGGAAUUGAGUCCCGAUGACUUAGAGCUCUUGGCCAAAUUAGAAGAGCAAAACAGGUGAGUGGCAGCUUAGCUUUCCUGGCGGUGCUCGGAAAUCGGUUCCAGUGGCGGGGCAUGUUUUCCAGCUUAUUUGUUUGGCCGUUGGUCGCGAGCCGUAUAAUUACCUGGCAAGGCGAUAAGCUCAGCUUGGAAGGUAUCCAGUAGCCUGCGGCGUAGCCAUUCUGUCAUAUGCGUCUGCUGCCAGGUGAGUGAGUCUGGACAACCUGUGGCAUGUCGAAUUGUGCAGGUGGGUGGCUUGGUUUUAAAACAACAACAACAACAGCAGCAGCACGUUCCUGUGCUUUCUUGGAAAGCUAAGCUAGUGUGUUCAAAGAUGUGGAACAUAUAAUUGCCUUUAAAUCUCCCAAGUUUCCAUCUGGUUUUUCAGAAGAAUGCUGGGAAUUCUUUCUUAAUCAAGACUUACAUACCUUGCAUUCCGGUUCAGUUUCAUAUUCCUCCCCGACCAGACGGACCAUAGCUUUUGUCACAAUAAAGGGUUGUGACACUACAACCUCACCCGAAUAUUGUACGUAAGACUGCCGUACAAUUGUGUUGUUGUUGUUGUUGUUUUUAAUGCCUUCUCGAUAGGCUUGAAUGCAAAAAAGAUCACAUUACGGUCCUAAAAGUACAAUAGUUAUAAAUACAAUUGACUUGAGCAGUGUCUCUUCAUCAAGGUCCCUGUGCUUUGGCGUUUUGUGUUCUUACUUGGCCUUGUCCACACGGCAAGCCAAACCAUGGCUUAAUUUGUGAUUGUGCCUCCCCCCACCCCCACCCCCAGCUGCUACGUGCAGCACAAAUAGUUCCCCCUGUUUUGUGAACCCAGAUCAUAGUUCACUUGCUUGUUGCAAACCAACUGUGAGUGCUAAACAAAAAAAAUAAGCCAAGAACAAACCUUGACUUGUCUUUCUAGUUUUCCACGUGUAGUUUGUUUGAAACAGAUAAAGCAUACCACGAUCUGGGGCCAUGCAACAAGACAGGCUAGACUAUGGUUGGUUUGUGACGCGUGUGUCACCCACAGGGACUGGCAGGAAGAACAUUCACAAUUCAAAGCAAGCUGUGUAUGUAGUUGUGGUUGAUUGCUAUAAACAGUGCAACUACAGGAGUGUUACAGGUACCCAUUGUAUACCAGCUGUCCCUUAUCACCACUGUCAAAACUAUCCCUUCUAUGUCAUUGCCCAAGUAUUUUAAAUUUUAAAUUACUAUUUUCCUUGAUGGAAUACGGUCUUGCUGUGCUAAAGCUGUAUGUUGGUGUCCUCUAGUUUGGUGGUUUUUUUGUUUUGUUUUGUUUAAGAAGCUGGUGUUUCAUGUUUCGUGUAUUGAUUUGUGACCUUUUGAUGGCCGCUUUUAACAAUUUUUGUUUGUUUCUUAAUUUGGUUGUGAGUCUCCAAGAGACUGUCCUGUGUUAGGCAAAUAAGAUGAAUAUAUUUUCUUCUAAAUCCUCUCUCCCUGUAGCACUCAGCUAGAACAGUAGUUAUCUGUCCUCCUAAAAACAAGUCAUGAAUGCCAGCAAGGAUAUAUCCAUGUGCCUAUCUUUCUAAUUUUAUACACUUCAGUAGGUUUUGUUGUUGUUUUGUCCUCUUUUUCUUUUAGAGUGCCUUUUGUGUCAUUUCAUUUUAUCACAGAUCUCUCCUAGUCCAUCCAUUCUCUGUUUCACUUUUGCUCUCUUUCUCUGUUUGGGUAACACUUAUAUUCUUCGGAAAACGGAAGUAACUAUUUUCAGGUGCUUGUAUGUGUGUGUUCUUAAAAUGGGAAAUUCCUUUAGAUUUACUGUAAUCCUAAGAGAUCAAAGCGGAAUACCAGUGUUUAGAAAGCCUUAUUGAAAACGUGCUUAGAAACCUGAGGAAUUGCCUGCUUUCACUCACGAAAUGUAUGAACCUAACAGUUCUUCAGAGCUCUGCAGGAUUCAGAUUACACAUUCCGUCACUGUGGAAAACAAACUUUGACCUGAGCAUGUGCAAAAGAUUUGACAAAAACCGGAAGUGUGAAAAAAAGGAAGUAGGGAACCUUUCUCUGGACGGGUACUCGGUUUCUUUAUUUUUUUAAGUCACACGGGGUUAAGUUCCCCUCCAAUAUAAAUUGGGAUGGUUCAUUCUUAACCAAUCACGAAUCUGUUUGAGGAACGUAAAUCAUUGAUGGAAAUGAAGUGGUUUCUUUUCUACUGACAGCUUAUGUUAUCAUAAACUGCAGAUUCUGAAUUAAAAAGGAGCCAUGGACUUAUCAAGGUAAGGAUUACAACAGAGAAUUAGGAUAAAUACUUCAAAAUACAAAUGUUUGCCCCAGUCUGGGUUGCAAAAUUAUGACUUGUUAUGGUGAAGUAUUUGUUUCAUUCUUCAAGAGUAGACAACCGCGCUUUCUAUGCUUAUCUGGAGUUUGGACUUGUUUACUGCACUGCUUGUAAGGGAAAGGUUUUCUUUGUGUUUUGCAAAUGUAAGGAAUGUAGCAGUUUUGCCUUGUAGGCCAAGUCGGGUAAGAAAUUAUUAAAUUUCAUGAGCCAUGUCUUAAGAUUCGAAAAGUAGUCCAUCACUUGCACACUGAUGGUAAGAGUUCCAGUUCCAAAUCUUAUAUUUGGGCCUUGUGCUUCCUUUUCUCCCUGCUUUCCCGUCCUGUGCCCUACCCUAAUUUUUAGUUACAGAUAAUCCUCAUGUCUUGCCUGUUCAGGUAAAUAAUUGCUGUUUUAACUGAGUUCAAGGUUGAUUUAAACAUAAACAGUGACAGAAAAGCUAUUGUUACAGCUGAUUCAUAAGCUUAUGAUAAUCUUAAAUGCUAAAAAAGCUAAGGAAGUAGAAAUGGAGCAGCGCCUGCUGUAAGUCCCCCUUCCCGCCUCCAGAACAUUAAUUCUAUAUUCCCUGGAUUAAUGUUAAGCCAUAAAGUGGUCUAGUUCUAUCAUAGGUGGCUCAUUCCCUCAACAGUUUAUGAGAAUUUGUAGUUCUCUUUGUUAACUGGCAAUUUUCAUUAAGCUAACAACUGGAAAUAGGGAUGCAGGUGGCGCUGUGGGUUAAACCACAGAGCCUAGGACUUGCUGAUCAGAAGGUCGGCGGUUCGAAUCCCUGCGACGGGGUGAGCUCCCGUUGCUCGAUCCUGCUCCUGCCAACCUAGCAGUUCCAAAGCACGUCAAAGUGCAAGUAGAUAAAUAGGUACCGCUUUGGUGGGAAGGUAAACGGCGUUUCCGUGCACUGCUCUGGUUCACCAGAAGCAGCUUAGUCCUGCUGGCCACAUGACCCGGAAGCUGUACGUCGGCUCCCUCGGCCAAUAAAGCGAGAUGAGCGCCACAACCCCAGAGUCAGUCACAACUGGACCCUUUACCUUUACCUUAACAACUGGAAAUAUAGAAGCAUUUGGGUAUUUGCUUUUCAGCAUAACAAGUGUUGCACAUGCUUGUUUAAAGUAUUUCUAUAAAGUUGAUGAGCAAACAACUAUUCCUUUAAGGCAGCCUUUGCCAACUUGGUGUUCUCCAGAUGUUUUUGGACUACAACUCCCAUUAGUUCUAGGCAGCAUGACUGGCCGGGGGUGAUGGGAAUUGUAGUCCAAAACAUCUGGAGAGCACCGGCUUGGCUAAGGCUGCCUGAAAGGAAAAGUGCAGGGUAAGUUUAGUAAUCUCAACUCAUUUGCUCAAUAUAUUUAGAAAGGAGGUGGUGAAUGGAGCAGGGAAAUUGGGUGCAUGGGGGGUGGGAAGCUUACAAUACUAACUUGGGCAUUUUGGCAGAGCAAACCGCAAAUGAGAAAAUAGUUUGGGAUUUGUUUCUGUCAUUGAUAAAUCAAAUGUCCCAAAGUAGAACCAUAACACAUCCAAGUGAACGGCAAAAUUGUAAGCAAUAUAUAACUGCUGAUAGGGCUUCUGACUAUAAGAGGAGAGGAAAGUGAACUUUCCCCCAGUUAUUGGCAGAUGAUAAUGAUGACGAUAGCAUCAGUUCAGUCCGAUCAACGGGACUUACUCAUUUGUUAAAUGAGGCUUAGUCACUACUUAGUAUGUUCAUGGUUUCAACCUCACUUAUUUUACUAAUAAGUUGGGCUUAAUACUUAGCUAGGGACGCGGGUGGCGCUGUGGGUUAAACCACAGAGGCUAGGACUUGCUGAUCAGAAGGUCGGCGGUUUGAAUCCCCGCCACGGGGUGAGCUCCCGUUGGUUGGGAGCUCCUGCUCCUGCCAACCUAGCAGUUUGAAAGCAUGUCAAAGUGCAAGUAGAUAAAUAGGUACCGCUCCAGCGGGAAGGUAAACGGUGUUUCUGUGCACUGCUCUGGUUCACCAGAAGCGGCUUAGUCAUGCUGGCCACAGGACCAGGAAGCUGUACGCCGGCUCCCUUGGCCAAUAAAGCAAAAUGAGUGCUGCAACCCCAAAGUCGCCCGUGACUGGACCUAACGGUCAGGGGUCCCUUUACCUUUAAUACUUAGCUACAACUUGUUCACACAUCAAGAAUGGAAUUGCCAACAAACACAUUUCCCCUAAAUGUGUGUAUUCUAUUACUGCAAAUAUAGAAUGGGGAAACAUGGACAGAUCAGGAGCAGGGGAUAUACUUGAGCUUUUCAAUACCUUCUGAUUCUUCCUGGCAAAUGCCCCCUUUCCAUUUUUGGAGUCUGGCUGUGACACCCAUCCACACCCACCUGUGUGUUCCAUUUCUCCCCUUAAUAAUUCUACCUUUUGAUUUGUGAGCUUCAUUAAAUACUCUCUUACCGGGGGGGGGGGGGGGGAACCAUUUCAAAGAACAAGGUUCUGAUUCCAGUGCUAAAAUAUUAAAACUUGGUUUGUUUGUUACUUUGUUUAGUCUCAAAGGGUAAUCAAGGAGGUUGUGCAAACAAGCGUGCUUAAUUUUAGUUCAUGGCAGAGCUGUCAAUUUCAAAUGCAAACUCUGGCCUGUUCUUUUCAAUACGUCCAGAAGAUUCAAAGUGUUUUGUGUUUACCGCAGAUUGUUGGAGACCGACAGCAAAUCGCUGCGCUCCGUCGAUGGGUCAAGAAGAAACAGCGGAUCCUCACUUGUUUCUAGUUCAUCAGCUUCUAGCAACCUCAGCCACCUCGAGGAAGAUUCCUGGAUCCUUUGGGGAAGAAUUGUGAAUGAUUGGGAAGAUGUGCGGAAAAAGAAAGAGAAGCAAAUUAAGGUUUGUUGAUUGGCAGUGUUCAAAAUCAUUAGUCGUUGGCAGUGUCCGCAUUUAGAAAUAUCACUCUCUAAAAUCUGGCGGUUCAGAAUGUAAUGCCUGGCAUCGUCGACUGUGAUAGACAGUAAAACGUAAUUGUGUUCAAUUACGUGUUCAAUAUUAUCCUUUUUUGCCUUUUUUUGGUCUUUCUGCUAUCACAUCCUUCUUAAAAAAUGAGAAUAUGUGCGCAUGAAUAUGAGGAUUUUGGUAAACUGCACGCUUUGAGAUUAUUGCAAGUACAGCAGUUAAUAAAUAAACGCUCAUCGAUUUAUUUAUUUUUUACGCUCUAGGAACUUGUUCGAAAAGGGAUACCACAUCAUUUCCGAGCAAUAGUUUGGCAGCUUUUAUGCACAGCUCAAAAUAUGCCAAUUAAGGAUCAAUAUUCGGAACUCUUGAAAAUGACUUCACCUUCUGAAAAGCUUAUAAGAAGGGACAUUGCUAGGACAUACCCCGAGCACGACUUUUUUAAAGAAAAAGACAGCCUUGGGCAGGAGGUUUUAUUUAAUGUAAUGAAGGUAAGUCAGCAGCUCAUAUCGGAAAAGUAAUUGUUUUAAGCAAAUAUUUGCUUUGAAACUGCGAUUUUAUUUAUAUUUUGAUUUAAAACUGCCGUUUUAUUUAUGUUUUGAUAAAGUGUAAGUCCAUUGUGUUUUAUCAUAUUUUAAUGGUUUUUUAAACGUAAAUCAUAAAUCUUAGACUCUUUCAUGGAUUAAGCAGUAUAUAAAUAUGAAAUGUUCACUCUGACACUAAACUUAAGCCGUGACACCCAAGCCAUGUCUCUAUAUACUGAGCAUAUUGUUGCACGGCACCCCAGUCUCCAAGCAGCGCAUGAUUCCAGGGGUUCCAAGCCUUGGAUUCAAACAGAAAUCAAACAUUGCCCUGUUUUCUCUCCCCCAGCAUCGGUGUUUUUCUAACUACAGUGGUUGUUGUUGUUUAGUCGUGUCCGACUCUUCGUGCCCCAUGGACCAGAGCACACCAGACACUCCUGUCUUCCACUGCCUCCCGCAGUUUGGUCAAACUCAUGCUGGUAGCUUCGAGUACACUGUCCAACCAUCUUGUCCUCUGUUGUCCCUUUCUCCUUGUGCCCUCCAUCUUUCCCAACAUCAGGGUCUUUUCCAGGGAGCCUUCUCUUCUCAUGAGGUGGCCAAAGUAUUGGAGCCUCAGCUUCACGAUCUGUCCUUCCAGUGAGCACUCAGGGCUGAUUUCCUUCAGAAUGGAUAGGUUUGAGCUUCUUGCAGUCCAUGGGACUCUGAAGAGUCUCCUCCAGCACCAUAAUUCAAAAGCAUCAAUUCUUCAGCGAUCAGCCUUCUUUAUGGAACUACAGUUCUUAACCUGAAGCACCACUACCUUAACCUGAAGCUAAUGGGGCCUCCCGCUGCCGCCGCACAAUUUCUGUUCUCAUCCUGAAGCAAAGUUCUUAACCCGAGGUACUAUUUCUGGGUUAGUGGAGUCUGUAACCUGAAGCAUCUGUAACCUGAAGCAUAUGUAACCCGAGGUACCACUGUAUUCAAAUAAUUUCUCCUGCCAUUCCUUUUUUCACUUUUCCAAUUUCUAGCUAUUAAUAUUCUUGCUGCCGUUGUAGCAUAUAUAGAGAAUAUGCGCCCUUUGUUUACAGGGCAGCAGGUGGGGUGGUCUGUGAUGGGGAGGGUCGUGGCUGUGACGCCAGCCUACGCAAAGCAGCUUGGCAAGAGCCCUUCAAGUGUUGUAUCUUUAAAAAGUAAAAAUAAAAUAAAAAUGCAUUAGCAUUGCUCUGAGAUUAGAUGUGAAGUGCCAUCGAAGGCCUUAGAAACGAAAGGAAGCUUUUAAGAAGUAUUGAGGGGGCUACAGAAUCACCAGGGAUGGGGGGCAGCAGUGGGACAGCACGUACUUGCAAACGCAGGGAAUGCCAGCGGUAACAGGCAGCGAUUCCUUUGCUCUUUCGCUCCCCUCCCUCUCUAGCUGCAGAACUACAUAAAAAGAGUGGGGGGAAAGGUGUUUGCUCCAUACUUCGCAGACUUUGCAUCCUGAAACACAAAACAGAAGAAAGAGGUACGGAUUCCCUGUCUCCUUUUUUUCUUUUUGCAAGGAUCCCAUCAUUGAGAGUUAUCAGUUAGCACAACAGGAAUCCUAAUGGCAAAGCAGAGCAGAGCAGAAAUGAUAUUUUUUUUGGGGGGGGGUCCUCAAGCAAGGUCACCUCCAAUUGAUUUUGUUUGCAAUAAAUUCAAAUUCAUACUUAAUGCAUUGGGAGGGGGUGUUGGAAGCUACUGAAACAUUUAAGGAAAAUAGGGAGGAUGAACUAUUGCUUUGGUAAAUGUGUGCUUCUCUCUAAAAGUUCCCCUAAAAUGUUACCAGCAAGGCUCCAAAUUUAUUUAUUUUUAAAAGCAAGCAACAACUUCCAUCUACGGAAAUGAUCGUUGUGAUUUCAUUUAAAUUGCUAAAACUCCUGAUUAGAUUACGAUGCUGCCAUCAGUGUACACAAUACUUUACUGUGUACUAGAGGCUAGUACACAGUACCUCGGGUUAAGUGGUACCUCGGGUUAAGUGCUUAAUUCGUUCCGUAGGUCUGUUCUUCACCUGAAACUGUUCUUAACCUGAAGCACCACUUCAGCUAAUGGGGUCUCCUGCUGCCGCUGCGCUGCCGGAGCACGAUUUCUGUUCUCAUCCUGAAGCAAAGUUCUUAACCCGAGGUACUAUUUCUGGGUUAGCGGAGUCUGUAACCUGAAGUGUAUGUAACCUGAAGCGUAUGUAACCUGAGGUACCACUGUACCACCUAGCCAUUUCCCAUCUCACACAGAUCCACUUCCUUCAUUCCCCUGAACAGCCCAUCACCCAGACAGAUCACUAAAACAAUCUUUUACUUAAUAACAAUUUAAACAAUUUAUUUAACUAAAACAAUAACAUUAUAGCAUAUGUAUCCAUGUUUGCUAACUGAUGUGGUUAAACUUUUUUUAAAAAAACAAAACCCAAAAACCUUAGACUGAGUUUUAGCACACAUGAAAAACUCAGAUCCUUAUUUCCUGAUGAAUAGCCUUUGGACUAUAAUGUGACUUAAAUAGAAAACUAUCUUUAGAUUUUUCCUCCAAAAGCAAUUUAAAUCCGAUUUUUAAAUUUGUUUUUUUUAAAAAAACAUUAAUUUUUAGCCACCCUGGUCCCUUGGUAUAACCUAGCGUAAGACUCACUUUUUUUACGCUUGUGUACAUACAUGCACAUGAAUUUAUAUUUAUGAGUAUUCAUCGGCUGUAUGUGUACCCCAAAUUAGAAGGCAAAAUGGGGUAGUUGGCAGAAGGUUUUUGCAUUUCUGAGUCAGAUCCCAUCAUUAACAAGGUGUCUCAUGACAGAUGAGGACUCCCCAGUCUGCUACUGGGUAUCUCUGUGGUUUGGCUCUACGGAAAAAUUCGCCACCCUAAGCAAUGAAAACAAGUUGACUGGUAAAAGUCCCAGAUCUUUGAAGGGAGAAAGGGAGAUCUUUUUGAUGGCUAAGACUAGCUUUCAGUCACAGUGAAUUAUUUUCCUAUGGUGUACCAAUCAUAGUGAUUUAAAGGUAAAGGGUAAAGGGACCCCUGAGCAUUAGGUCCAGUCGUGACCGACUCUGGGGUUGCGGCGCUCAUCUCGCUUUACUGGCUGAGGGAGCCUGCGUACAGCUUCCGGGUCAUGUGGCCAGCAUGACUAAGCCGCUUCUGGCGAACCAGAGCAGCACAUGGAAACACUAUUUACUUUCCCGCCGGAGUGGUACCUAUUUAUGUACUUGCACUGCAUGCUUUCGAACUGCUAGGUUGGCAGGAGCAGGUACAGAGCAACGGGAACUCACCCCAUCGCAGGGAUUCGAAUCGCUGACCUUCUGAUUGGCAAGCCCUAGGCUCUGUGGUUUAACCCACAGUGCCACCCGCAUUCCUCAUAGUAAUUUAGGGGAGGGCUUAAAAGUUUUUUGUUUUAAAACAAAGGAAACAUCCAUAACUUUUGGUUCUCAAGCAGCGUAGCAUAUAAGCCAGUAUAUCGUAGAUCUCGACUGCCCCAUUUUCUUCCAUCUGCAUUUUUCAUCUUUCAAAGACAUUAAUUGCUGCUAGAUUGGGUCCUGCAUAUCAUAUGGCUCAUGUGAGUAAGACUUCCAUGAGAGAAAUACUGGAAUGUAGCACGUGGACUGACCUUUGGGAAAUUACUUGGGCUCAUCAAUUGCAAUUAGACUUUCUGACAGCGAAGGGAAGAAUUACCCUGUUGUUGCAAGUUAGGCACAUCUGUUGUAGACAUUCAGCCAGCCAAGAGAAUGAGCUCAUGUUGAACUGCCAAUUGACUUUUUCAUACGAAUGCACUCAAAACAUUUCCUGCUGAUUGCUGUUUCCUUUUGAUUGGAAGUGUGGUGCAGCUCGUUAUUUGUGCAUUGCGCAGCACAUCAGAGGUUGUAUACGUAAUCAACACGCUUUCCUUUUUUAAUGCCCUGGAAUAUAAAAUAUGCAAAUAUACAGCUGGAAGGGUGGGGAUAACCAGGAGACCGACACUCAUAUCUCUCAAAUCAGAAACCUUAGAAAGGAAGAUCUCAGCUCUGUUUUGGACAUGUAUUUAACAGCUAUAGUGGAAGUUCUUGUACAGCAUGGAGCGAAGCCUUCUUGAUUUCAAGGAUAAGUUCAGCCUUCUGCCCCACUUUCAACCAGUAGCACACAUGCAAAUGUUGACCGCCUACCAGUUAGGAUUGCUGGUUUUUCACUUAGCACAUUGGGGGGUAGCAGAGGGGUAAAAUUGCAAACAUGUCUUGCUUCUACACUCCUUCGCACAAUCUGCACACAGCCCCUUCUGUGCUUGUGUCCUUAUACCAGCCCUACUAGUACAAAGGUUGAGAAAAGAGCCCAUUAGGCAAAUUUCCAGGUACAUCUGUUGCUCACCGUUCUUUUUUUUCCUUUUCCAUUCCUCGUAUUCCAUUCCUGUUGCUGCCUCCAGUCUUUCUUCCUGAAGGCCUCUGCUUCCUUCACUUCCCCACACUUUCUAUGAGUGGUCAUUUGACCUUUGGGUACUGUACUUUUCCUCCGACGUACAGAUCUGCUUCCAUUAUAGCACCGCCACGUAAUUGAUUGCCUCUUCCUCUUGCCAUGUGUUUGUGGCAUCCUAGCAUCUCAGCCUGUAGCCAGGAUCCUUGCAGGCUAGCAUGCAUACAACCUCUGGGUUUCAGUAGAAUGUAAACUUAAUUCAUUAUUAGCAGAACCUCUGUGCACUUCUUGUUUCUUGUGUUAAAGAAUAAUAAGGAUACUAUUGACGGUGAUGUGCCCAAGAAACCUGAAGUCUACAACCUAAAGGGUGCAAAAUGACUUCUCGUCCUCCCCUGAAUUGGCUCUGGAGGGUCUCUCUUCGGAGCAGAUUUUAAGAGGCACAUGGCAGGCUGCAGGGGGAGGAGAUGAAGGGGAAGUUCCUUUGCAUGUCUUGGCAGCCAUUCUUGUGCAUGAACACUAUUGCAUACGAGCCUGUGCACAUUGAUCAAAUUCGAACCAUUUCUUUUGGCUACUUCUGCAUUUACUGCUCAAGACAGGGGCAAUGAUGCAGGGGCAGAAAUGGAAAACCGUAUCCAGCGACUUCUCUGAGUUUUGAAAUGUUAGCAGGCAAGUCCCCACAUGCUUCUGCAACAAUAAGGGCUAAAAACAUGCUUGAAAGGUAAUAGGUAGCAUCCUCAAGAAGCAGAAUUUUGUGACCGCCACCAUAUUCUGUGCUCCUUUGGAUAUUGGAAGUGGUUUGCCUUGUAGUGUAAACCAGAGUGGUGUAAUAUUUGUAGAGUGCGGCACCAGGACCCGGGAGGGCAGGGUUCGAAUCCCCCACUCAGCCAUGAAGCUCACUGGGUGAGCUUGGAGUCAGUCACCAACUCUCAGUCUAACCUACCUCACAGGUUUGUUGUGAAGAUGAAAUGGGGGAGCAGGAGAACCAUGUAUGUACCCCACUAUUCUUUUUUGUGGCUUAGGGUCCUCGUAUUUAUGGGACCGCCUCUCCUGGUAUGCCCCGCAGAGGAUCUUAAAGUCCAUGAAUAAUCAUAGUUUAGAGGUCCUGGGCCCUAAGGAAGUCAGAUUAUCCUCCACCAGGGCCAGGGCCUUCUCAGUGAUGGCUCCAACCUGGUAGAAUGCUCUGUCCCAUGAGACCAGGGCCCUGCAGGAUUUAACUUCCUUCCGCAGGGCCUGUAAAACAAAGCUAUUCCUCCUGGCUUUCAAUUUGAAUUUAGCCUGAUCUUUUAUUCCCCUUCCUUCCCUCCCCCUCCCCUUUUUAUGAAGAUUACCCGCUCUGGGAUCCCACAGCUAAUUCUCCCCUGGUCUCCUCACUGGCCCAAAUAGAACUAAUUUAGCCAGCUAGCCCUGGUGAUCAUCUAAUGUUUAUUGGAUGAAUUUCCCCUCUAAAUUGAUUUUUGAAUUCCGAAUUUAUUGUUAUUCAUGUUUUAUACUGUAUUUUAUGCUGUUUUUGUUGCAUCAAUUAAGUGUUUUAAAUUUGUUGUUAGCCACCCUGAGUCCAGUUUUCUGAACCAGGAAGGGCGGGGUAUAAAUAAAAAAUUAUUUAUUACUUAUAUUUGGAAGAAAAGUUGUUAUAUAAAUAUGAUGGGUUUUGGAAGCAGAUGUGCUGUGAUUUCUGCUGCUUGGAGUCUUACCAGUUUUUAAAAAACAUUUUCUAGGCUUAUUCAUUAGUGGACCGCGAGGUUGGUUACUGCCAAGGAAGUGCUUUCAUUGUUGGAUUGCUUCUCAUGCAGGUAAGUAAACCACACGGCUUCGCAAAACUAUAUAUUACUUUGGAAUUUUGCUUUGUCCAAAGCAGUAUGGGAUGAUGAUAAAGUGUAACACUGGAUCCACGAACUGGGGCUCUUCUUGUGGAGUAUCUUAACUGGUCUUUACUACAGACUUUGAACGCACAUUGUUUUAUGUAACAGUUCAGAAAAUUCUAAGCUCGGGCUUAAUGUGAGUCAGGUUGGAGCCUUGCUUCUUGUUGAUCUUCUGGUGGCUAGCCCCUAGAAUGUAAAUGUGUAUUUGUUCCCUGCUUGUUAAAAGAGAAAUGUUUGGCCACACGUAGCUUUCCCCCUGGCCCCAGGCACAAUGACGUUCAUUCUGCAGAGAUGUGAUAGAAUAUAGUAACAGAAAACCUGUUCUACGGGAUAAAAAUUCCUGGGCAGACUUGAGAUUCCCCAGCAUGGCUUUCAUAACCCACUAACUCUCCUGGCUAUUAUUUUUAUUAUUAUUUAAUUUUAAAAACCCUACUGCAAUGUUUAACAUUGGCCAGAGGUUGCAAGUGUUUGAAGGCAAUGACAACAGUCAGACAAGCAAAUCUCCGUUUAAUAAGCCAAGUUAUGCCUGAUCUUCAUUCGUGCAAAUGCUUCAUUCUUCCCUUCCCGUAAGACUCAGGACAAGCCAGGAAGCUUAACUAUGGCUUGCCUUUGCAUCUGAACUAGCAGCUAAUGAUUUCCACAUCCUAGCUUGUUUGGAAGCCAACUUCAAGCCCCAAUGGCAUCCUGUUCUGCCUGUUUGGAAGCCAUCAGCCAUAGUGCCCUGCUUUAAAUGCAACGAUGAACUAUGGUUAGCUUGCAGCUUCCUGACUUGUUCCCUCCCAUGGAGAAGCAGGUGAAGCAGCUGUGUGCAGGAGCCAAAAUCUUGUGCAGGCUCAUUAAUCCGAAAAUGGAUAAUCCCAAUAUGGCCAGUGCUUCCAAACCUGGGUGUGAGCUUGUAAUGUAGGGAGUAUCUGCAAUGCUUUUUCCAUGUAACAACAGCUGCCACAAUGAGACUACCAAGCCACUAGGGCUUGAGAAACAGCAGUUCUCUUUUCACUUGUUCAGAUACUGCAGUAAAAAAAAGCUACAGAUGAAAAUUGGUUGUGAAGGGCUAGGAAACAUCAUUUCUCCCCCCACCCCAGAUGUAUACCUGUAUGAUUCCUGUAGCCACAUGGUAUUGGAAACUUUUGGGGCUUUUUUAGGGUGACUAUAAGGGACGCAGGUGGCACUGUGGGUUAAACCACAGAGCCUAGGACUUGCCGAUCAGAAGGUCGGUGGUUCGAAUCCCUGUGACGGGGUGAGCUCCCGUUGCUCGGUCCCUGCUCCUGCCAACCUAGCGGUUCGAAAGCACGUCAAAGUGCAAGUAGAUAAAUAGGUACCACUCCGGUGGGAAGGUAAACUGUGUUUCGGUGCGCUGCUCUGGUUCGCCAGAAGCGGCUUAGUCAUUGCUGGCCACAUGACCUGGAAGCUGUACACUGGCUCUCUCGGCCAAUAAAGCGAGAUGAGCACCCCAACUCCAGAGUCGGCCACGACUAGACCUAAUGGUCAUGGGUCCCUUUAUUUUACCUAUGACAAUGAGUAAUGAGCUCCUGACUUGGUUCUCCUUCGAAACAGAUGCCUGAGGAGGAAGCGUUUUGCGUGUUCGUUAAAUUAAUGCAAGAUUACCGACUUCGAGAACUCUUCAAGCCAAGUAUGGCUGAGCUUGGCCUUUGUAUGUAUCAGUUUGAAUGGAUGAUACAGGUAUAUAUAGAUAUAUAUGAGAUCGUUUACCAGUUGCAUGCUUUGUAGUUCGUUUCUUUUUGUUUUUAAAGUUGCAGAUAUUUCCCACUUUCUCAGCAGUGGGUUAGGAGAACUGAGUGGCAGCGAGGUGGAAGGCCAUAAAUUAAAAGCACUUCCAAAAGGAAUGGUGUGUAGAGAAUUGGCCAGAGUUCAGGAAGUGGAGAGCAGCGCUUCAGUCUAUAAAGCCCGCUGAACUAAGAAAGUUGAACAGCUUUGUCUCCAGCAUUUUGUUCACACUCCCUUGUUAUCCCUAUUUUAAUACUCUCAGUAAGAGAAAACAUCAGUGCUUCAUAACCAUUAGAUGAACAUUGAUGCUUUCAUACAGCAAAAUGCAAAGCGGUUCAGUCUGAGGUAAAUUACAUGGGAACUGUCUAAUCAGUGUGUGGCCUUCAGAUGAUAUAAAUCAUAUUCUUGAAAGAGAGAGACCACCAUUUCAAAGUGUAGUCCUUUAAAUAUAUAGAUAGAUACAUGCUUAUUUUAUGAUUUAUGAAAGUCUUAACUAAAAAAAACCAACAACUGUAAAUUUUCUUUCAGGAGCAACUGCCAGAGCUGUAUGUACAUUUUCAGGCUCAGAGUUUUCAUACCUCUAUGUAUGCCUCGUCAUGGUUCUUAACUAUUUUUCUUACAUCUUUCCCAUUACCAAUUGCAACAAGAAUAUUUGAUAUCUUUAUGUCUGAGGUAAGCUAUUGUCUAAUGCCUGUUGUCACUAUCCAAACACUGUAUCUCCCAAGGCAACUCUUUCUGAUGUCGACUGUGGUUGUUAGUUGGGUUCAGGGGUGCCAACUUGAAUAAAAUAUUACACGGGUUCAGGUAAGGGCCGCCCCCGCAUAAUUGAUCACAUGACACAACACAUGCACACCAUUUGAAUGACAAUGCCCAUCAAUUGGGGGGGCGGGCGGUCCCCUUAAAUAUUUUCCUGGGGGGUGGAAAAGACCUCGGUCCCUAGCAGUUGGCUCCUAUACUUGGGUUAAACUUGACAUUCUGUGUCAAUCUAAGCAGAGCCUCAUUUGUUUUAAGUGUGGCGCUGAAAUCUGUCAAUAUUAAUUUUGUCAGUAUUCAGUUAAAUGGGAAAAUAUAUUUAUAUUAGAUAUCAGAAAUGCUUACCUGAAAUAAAACACAUACUUUAUUCCUAGGGUUUGGAGAUAGUGUUUCGAGUUGGCUUAGCACUACUCCAGAUGAAUCAAGCAGAAUUGAUGCAGCUUGACAUGGAAGGGAUGUUACAAGUAAGCGAAAUGUGACGUCGACAUAUCAAAUUGCUGGAAUGUUUGCGUAUAAUGUUGGUAUUAAUUACCGUGACGGUGUGCUUUGUUUUUAGCACUUUCAGAAGGUCGUUCCACGUCAGUUUGAUGGUGGGCCAGAUAAAUUAAUCCAAGCAGCUUACCAGGUCAAAUACAAUGCAAAAAAGAUGAAAAAGUAGGUAGUACGUUUUGCAUAAAUAGCAUCUGUGCUCUAAAACAGUUCCUGGGUUUUGAAUUGCUUUAAAAUCUUCUUAACGUGCUUCUGUUUAAGAGUCUCAGCAGUUUCUUUGCCGAUGAUACUAACUAGAGUACUGUGUAUCACACUCGGGAGGGGGGGAAAUACAUCAGCCACCUUGGCCUAUGUUAUCAUACCUCAUGUUACGGACACUUCAGGUUUCGUGUUAUUGGGUUGUGGACCGCGGGAAACCCAGAAGUACCGUAACGGGUUACUUCUAGGUUUCACCGCUCGCGCAUGCACAGAAGUGCCAAAUUGCGCCUGCGCAGACGCGGCGCUUCAGGAUGUGAACACUGCGGGUUGCAGACGUGCCUCCGUCAUGGAUUACGUCCACACCCUGAUGUUCCGCUGUAAGCAAAAGCAUUGUUAGCAAAGUAACUUUAUCCAGAUCAACUGAAAAAUCACAAAAUGGCAAACUAGUUAUUGAGCUUCAGAAAUUCUUCAGGCAAAACAGACAAGUGUGCCACUGAAAAAGAGCUUGAUGGAGAUUUGUGUAUCAAAAGCUACUGUUUAGGACCUGAUGGGCAAAAAAUAAAUAAAAUUAAAAUCUGUUUUUGGAUAGUAUCUAUUCCUGUUGUUGCAUUCAUGGAAACCUUUGAGCCGAGUGGAAGCUUCUGUUUUUGCCCUUCUUCCCCUCUCAGCUCUUUAAUUCAUAUAAGUCUCCACUGGAUCAAAGAAUCUCCAGGGAACUAAAGGGGUCCCAUUAGAUAUAAAGUCUUAACUUCCUUUCUUUUAAGAAAAACAAUCUUAGCAGAUCUACUGCUAAGGCCCUUUUUUGUUUUGUUUAGAAAUCAAUCUUAGCACACUGCACUUUAGCUUUGGGCUUUUGAAAUGGGCUUCACAAUUCCCAUUUAUAAUUGCUUAUUGAAAGCAGUACAACUUGGUGUAUGUUUUCUGUUGAGUUCUAAAUGAGGCCUCAAUUGCUGAAGCAUGGGCACUUAAUUCAUGUAUCGACAAUUUCACGCAACAGUUUUCCUACAAGCGGGUAGCUCAGUUGGUUAGAGCGUGGUGCUCAUAAUGCCAGGGUUGCAGGUACUAUCCCCAUAUGGGACAGCUGCAUAUUCCUGCAUUAGAAGGUCGGCGGUUCGAAUCCCCACAACGGGGUGAGCUCCCGUUGUUCGGUCCCAGCUCCUGCCAACCUAGCAGUCCGAAAGCACACAAAAAAUGCAAGUAGAUAAAUAGGUACCACUCCGGUGGGAAGGUAAAUGGCAUUUCCAUGUGCUGCUCUGGUUUUGCCAGAAGCGGCUUAGUCAUGCUGGCCACAUGACCCGGAAAAACUGUCUGCGGACAAAUGCCAGCUCCCUCGGCCAGUAAAGCGAGAUGAGCGCCACAACCCCAGAGUUGUCUGCGACUAAACUGUCAGGGGUCCUUUCCCUUUUAAGGAUAUACAUAGGAAGAAGAGGUUUACCUUGUUGGGUGCAGAUUUCACAAGUUUUCUUUUUGCCAGGCACAUGCUGGCAGGUAUUGCUUUCCAGCAAGUAAACUUACAGCAAAAUAGGCACUUGUGUGAACUACUCCAUGGUGAUGUUUUGUGUGGUUUUCUUUUUCUACUUCACUAUGUGUGUUAAAACAAAACCUCAUGUACCUUAAGACCAUAGACAUGGUGAAAAGAAUGACAAAGAAUCGUGCCUUUUUCAUGGACUUACAGUUUCAGGGUAAAGGAGAGGAAAAUCAGGUUUAGUGAAUGUAAAACAAAAGCUUUGGUGGGAGUCAAGCAGAGGAAUAUUGACAGACAAUCUGCACAUUACUUAUUCUGUUCAGCACAUGCACACAAUACAGUCAUACCUCGGGUUGAAUGUGCUUCAGGUUGAGCAUUUUCAAGUUACGCUCCGCGGCAACCGGAAGUAACAGAGCGCAUUACUUCCGGGUUUCGCUGCUCGCGCAUGCGCAGAAGCGGCAAAACGCGACCUACGCAGACGCACAGUCGUAUCUUACGUUCUAUUCAGGCUGCGAACGGGGCUCUGGAAUGGAUCCCGUUUGCAUCCCAAGGUACCACUGUACUAAAAAAAAGUCUUAAUUUUUUUCCUUCAGGUUAGAAAAAGAAUAUACCACUAUAAAAACAAAAGAAAUGGAAGAACAAGUUGAAAUUAAAGUAAGUGGAAUUUUGUGAGAGAGUGUUGUAACUAAUGUGGAUAUUUUCAAUCCUUACCUGGGCAGCAGGGACUAUAUGCAUGCUGUCCUGAGGUUCUUGGAAGAAAGGCAGGAUACGAAGGUAAUGAAUAAAUAAAAAGUCUUUUGUGGAGGCAAGUGCCAUAUUAACUUUCCAUAGAGCAUCCUCAUUUAUUAUGGAAAGCUAAUAUAGUACCUGUAACUUUCCACUUUUCAAAGGUACAUUUAAAACAAAGCUGCAGUGAAAGAUGUGUGGGCUGGGAUAUGAUCGUUUUGUGGAGGAAUAUGUAAGAAAAUAAAACACUUAUGUGGCAGGCUCCCUAAGUAAAGAUGCGAGCGAGGGAAUGUGGCUGGGUUGAGGGUGCUUUAAAACUUAGACACUCCCUGGGAGUAACGCUUGAGAGGUCUGAGAUUCUCUGUAUAUGGCAGGGUUUGCUAAUAUCGACCAGCAAUGACUCUUGAUGAUGUGAAAAGAAAACCCAUGACCAUUUAUCCCUCAGAGUAAGGAUCAGUCCUGACGGAAGCAAAACUGGAAUUUUACUUAAACACACUCAAUGAGGAUUAAAGCCUAAUGGUGACCCUGAUAAGGCCCAGAGCUGAUAAGGCCAGAAAUGCUUUACAGAAAUAACUGAGAACUUUACUUAAAACUUCCACUUUAGAACUGUUUCUAAUUAAACAGAUUCCGCCUUGAAUGGCUGUUUGUCCUGCCUGUAAGAACUCUUCCAGCCCACUUCUAGGAUCUUUCCCUUCCCCUCAGGGAAAUACCCGUGAGUUGCCCUGCCUAGCAAAGCCCUAUCCACCCAUCCCAAGUCCUUUCCAAGCUCUAUCUCACAGUUUUAACUGUCAGCUUCUCUCUUUUAACUCUCUGUUCUCUCCUGACUGGUUGACACUCCACCCUGCUGUUUCCAACAGCGUCACCCAAAGUGACCAUCAGACCUUAAACUUAAGAGUAUUUUUUGCUCUAUAAGACUCACUUUUUCCCUCCUAAAAAGUAAGGGGAAAUGUGUGUGCAUCUUAUGGAGCGAAUGCAGGCUGCGCAGCUAUCCCAGAAGCCAGAACAGCAAGAGGGAUUGCUGCUUUCACUGCCCAGCGAUCCCUCUUGCUGUUCUGGCUUCUGAGAUUCAGAAUAUUAUUUUUCUUGUUUUCCUCCUCCAAAAACUAGGUGCGUCUUGUGGUCUGGUGCGUCUUAUAGAGCAAAAAAUACGGUAUUUUUCUCAAAGGUUCCACGUUGCAUUCCGGCAAGGUUUCUUUUUCUUUCUUGAGAGCCAGUGUGGUGUAGUGGUUAAGAGCAGUAGUCUCAUAAUCUGGGGAACCGGGUUCGCGUCUCCGCUCCUCCACAUGCAGCUGCUGGGUGACCUUGGGCCAGUCACACUUCUUUGAAGUCUCUCAGCCCCACUCACCUCACAGAGUGUUUGUUGUGGGGGAGGAAGGGAAAGGAGAAUGUUAGCCGCUUUGAGACUCCUUAAAGGGAGUGAAAGGCGGGAUAUCAAAUCCAAACAAACUCUUCUUCUUCUUUCUUUCUUUUUUUUUAAAGAAGCUAUCUGCAUUGUGAUAGCAAGCAAUUUAAUAACACUUAUAAUUUCAGAAGGCCUUCUACUGAUCUGAAUUAACAGGCUUCAUCCACAGUCUUGCUUUCAAAGAAAUGUGGUUAGGAUUUAGCUCUUUGUGAUGCUGGGCAUUAGGUUGUAUAACUUAUAAUUGAUCAAUAUAAUAAUAUAACAACAUUCAUAGAAGCAGGACUUUGCCACAAGUGUGUGGAAUCAGUACCCUAAGGUAGAGGCACCAUGCAUAUAAAGUGAUCAUUGGGACUUCUCAGUUAAUUUAAAUUGCCCAUCUGCUUUGAAACUCUUAUAAGGGAAUAAUUAGGGGAGAAAUCUAGGAUGUUUCCAUGUAAUGUUUACCAGGUGAUAUUGUAUCUUGUAACUUCAGUGGGCCUUGAAGGUUACUGGAUUCUUCCUCACUGCAUUUAGGUCUCAGUUAAUUUUGCUUGCUUUUCAGAGAUUACAGACAGAAAAUAGACUUUUAAAACAGCGCAUUGAAACAUUAGAAAAAGUAAGUAUUCUAGUCACCAUUAUCCUGUAUUUGGUGACAAAUUUUACAAUGCUGUUCUGAAUAGCUGUACUAAUAUGAAUAGCAUGGCAAGAACAACACUGCUAAUGUCUGCUUUAUAGCAGUGUCAUGAUGCUUCUUCAUAAUUAGACAAUUUAGGGUUCUAAAUUAUGAGCACUUGCUUUCCAUACAACCGUAACUAAAGAAGUGAAUUCAACAAAGCGUUCUGUGGCCCCUUAAUAAUUAACAGUUUUAUUGAAGAACAAGGCAUUGGGUUUAUGAAAAGUCAAACAAUGAAACUGAAAUAUGUAUGUAAUGAAUUUUGGAUGGAAGAUCAGUAUCCUUGGACAAUCCUUGUUGGAAGGAAGCUGGGACAAAGUUUUGUGCCAACGUUAUUUUGGUUCUUUGCAUCACCAAAUGCACUGAAACAUUAAGCCAGGUGUCUGAAAUGAUUUCGCACUUUGCAUAACCACCGUAUAGAAUAUAUUCAGAAACCGAAAGCAAGUUUCUAUUUAUUUGUUUUUGUUCAGCACACCAUAGAAACCACAACACGUAUACAGCUUUGACUUGCAGUCUUCUUCCUUAAUUCAGUGGCAUUCAAGUUCAAUCCCUGGACCGAAUAGUAUGAUGAAGUUGAGAGAGCUCAUUCUUAAUUUAGGUUAAAGCAGAUAGCUGUAAUAAAGUGUGGUAGAUAAGGGAAGGCUCUUAGUUUGGAUUAUGAUUUUUGUUCCCAAGCAGGUUGAGAGCAGAACACCCAUCUUUCUUACUUUUUUCACCAAAGAGCUGUGGAAAAUAAGGGCUGCUCACUGUUUCUAUUCUGCCUCAUCUCAAACUGUACCUGGAAACAUUUUCUUCCUUCUGGCGGUUCCCUCGCUACGAGAAGCCAAGUUCCAGGGAACCAGGCAGAGGGCCUUCUCGGUAGUGGCACCCGCCCUGUGGAACGCCCUCCCACCAGAUGUCAAAGAGAAAAAUAACUACCAAACUUUUAGAAGGCAUCUGAAGGCAGCCCUGCUUAGGGAAGCUUUUAAUGUUUGAUAGGUUAUUGUAUUUUAGUGUUUUGUUGGAAGCCGCCCAGAGUGGCUGGGGAAACCCAGCCAGAUGGGCGGGGUAUAAAUAUAUUAUUAUUAUUAUUAUUAUUAUUAUUAUUAUUAUUAUUAAUUCUCCUUCUUAUCUUAAAGCCAUUAGAGCUUCCUUCUUCUUAUUCCAAGCAUGUGGACACUACUGAUCAUUUGAUGGCUAGGGGGAAACAGGACUGCGGGGUGCCAGAACCAGACAAACUAGUGAUAGACGAAACAGUCAUCCCUCGGGUUGUUGAAUGGUGGUGCUCAAACACUUCUUGAAACAGGAGAGUUGAGCAUUUUAUAUUGUAUUUUUUUUCUGAAUGACUGACACGGGUGUAAUAAUAUGAACAGUUUAUAAAGCGCUGAGGAAUGUAUGCUUUUAUUAUUAUUAUUAUUUUAAAUCCCAAGUGUUCCAUUUAGUAUAGGCAAUCUGUUAAUUUGAGUAGUUGCAGAGGCAGCGUUUGAAGCAAAAAACUGAACUGUGUUUGUACCUAGUUGUGUUGAGGGUGGGUGUUUUGGACGCCUUGGAAGAACUUCAGCUCCAUUCUUUCAGCCUCUUGAAAUUUUUCGAGUAUAUUUGUGGCACCAGUGGGAAAACAGUCUUAGGAAGUCAUCUUCUCCUGAGGAUCUGUUUUUUACAUAUCACAUUGGCCUUGACUAGACAAUGGGCUAACAAGCCUGAGGCAGCAUGUUUGUCCUCUAGAUGAUCCUCUCAUUCAGUGUUGCUGCUUUUUUUUAGUCCCACUGCCAUGGUACAGUAAUACUUUUACUGCUUUUAUUUCUCAGUUCUUUCAGUGGGCAAGGGAUGCAGGUGGCACUGUGGAUUAAACCACAGAGCCUAGGACUUGCCGAUCAGAAGGUCGGCGGUUUGAAUCCUUGCGACAGGGUGAGCUCCCGUUGCUCGGUCCCUGCUCCUGCCAACCUAGCAGUUCAAAAGCACAUCAAAGUGCAAGUAGAUAAAUAGGUACCGCUCCGGCGAGAAGGUAAACGGCGUUUCCGUGCACUGCUCUGGUUCGCCAGAAGCUGCUUAGUCAUGGUGGCCACAUGACCCGGAAGCUGUACGCCGGCUCCCUCGGCCAAUAAAGCGAGAUGAGCGCCGCAACCCCAGAGUCGGUCAUGACUGGACCUAAUGUUCAGGGGUCCCUUUACCUUUACCUUUUACCAUGGUACAGUAAUACUUUUACUGCUUUUAUUUCUCAGUUCUUUCAGUGGGCAAGAGCAGUUGGAGGAAUAGGAGAACCCAUUAUGAAUUCUUUAUUUUCUUUUCAUUUUGCCUUAGUGAUAGGGACGCGGUUCUCUUAAAAAGAGGAGGUUUUUGUAACAUUGUCCUGAGCAAGGUUGUGAUGUGUUUUUCUUUAUUGUUCUGAAUUCCAAGACAGUACAAAGUUGUUCUCAAACAAAAUCCACAAUGAUUACCUUUCCAGUGCCCAGGAAACGAUGGCAUCCUAACAGUGCAGGUUAUGGAAAUGUCUAGUCCAGAUCUAACCCAAUCCUCCCAAAGGUUCUAUAGACUGUUUUCUAGUCUCUUGCAAUUGCCCUUUGCACCUAGAGACCCUGACAGCCACCUUCUUGUCAAUGUGCCAACCUUGCAAGACUUCAAGCUUGCUGUAGCACGACAUAGAAGCUUCUGGAGACCGAUACUCGUUUGUUAACCGUUAUGAGAGUGGCUGGCUAUCCUUUUGGUAGAAGGCAAGCUUUCCUUGAUCUCUAAUACAGGUGUUUCUUCUUCAAGCAUUGAGGCAACUCUGAAAGGGCAGGUUUCGUGUUUUUCUACACCCAAAUCACUUUCUCGUGGUUUUUCUUUGUCAUAUGAAAAUUUCCUUCUGCCCAAUAAUCUCAUGAUAUUGUGGCCUUUCCCCUUGGCUCUGGAAUACUUGUUCCCAUUAAUUGGACUAAAGAAUACGCUGUCUAUCUCUAGUGGAUGCUGGAUAGGAAUAGAUUGGAUUCCUGUUUCUGGUAUUUUUUUCUAGGCCUUCAAGCCUUUUACAGCUAUAGCUUCCUAGUUUUAGAAAUUAUAGUUGGCAGAAGUCUUCAUUUGUGACUUAAAAGAGGAGUUCUCCCUGUGUGGGGAGUGAGGUUUGGUCUUUUCCCAUAAGCGUGGAAAGUGAACUUUUUCCAAUGUGCAUUCCUGGUUCCAAGGGGAACAGAACGGCCAUUACUGUCAUAAAACAAAAGUAGGAAAGCAAGAUUGAAAUUCUGUUCUUAAACAAAUCUCAAUUCAGAGAACAAUUGUGCGUUCAGCUUGAAGAUAGUUUCCACCUAAUUUAUCCUAAUUAAUACAUUUCCAAUUCUACUGAUACAGCUUCAUUUGGCUUCUUGAUGCAGCAAUUUUCAUGUGGAUGUGUUAACAGUUUCUGCCCUCUCUGUGAAUUUGUAAGUGCAUUAAGGGAGGUGUAAACUAACUGAUGUGUAUGGGUUAAAUUGUACCUUUCCAGGUUGAAAGCUGCCUGGAUUAUUAGAUUGCUGUGAAGAUUCUAGUUUGCUGCAAAAUCUGAGCAAGGGAAGAUUAAACUGUAAUAGCGUUAGUGAUAAGAGUUGUCCGAAAUCAGAUCAGAUAUACUUUGCAUAUAUUCACUGUUCUUUGUGCCUGACAUUUUGCAUCACUGGACUCCUGCCUUUUAAAUACUGCUGUUGUACAAAUGGUUCUGCCCCUUCACUAGCUGAACUUUGAAAAGUGCUCAAAUUAUACCUCCUUUCACUUCUCAAAGCUUGAUCAAGUGAGCUCUACAUGAAUUUGCAUAUAAUGCUUGCUCCAUUCAAUAAACUGCCAGCUGAAAGUUAGACAGCUUACCCUCUUUAAACGAAUAUUGUUAAAUUUGAAGCUCGGUGUUAUUUUUCUGAAUUAAGUCUUUUGCCUGUGCUGCUGAGAUUGGGCUGUUAAACUGUACCACCUUUAAUGGGUGAAAAAAAAUGAAUAUUUGGGAGUUCAUUGCAUAUGGAAAGUUGGUAGAAUUUGGGCAUAAUUCUCCACCAUUGAUUUUGUCACUUGGUUUUCCUUUUUUUCCUCUUACUCCUAUCUGAAUUUUUUUCCUUUUUGUAGGAAAGUGCUUCCUUGGCAGAUAGAUUGAUACAGGUAUAUACUUCUUUAGUAUCUCACUCUUUCCGAUUCUAAAAAAACAGCUUUCUGUUUUUAAUGCAUGCAUUAAUAACUACAUGCAUUUUUACAACUGAAUAUCUACCCUAUUAAAUUUAAACAACUAUAAUCUAGCAGCUCUGUGUUAGAAUAAUAUUUAGGCAUAUCUCUGCACGCUCAUUCUAAUGGCGCCUGAAAUUCUGAGUAAUUGCUGGGCUCUAAUUCUGUUUCAGCACUAAUUCUGUAGACCAGCUACAAAACUUCUAACAGAUGUGCAUGCACAAUGGAGUAAUAUAUGCAUGAACAGAGUUCUGCUGAAUGCAAAUACACAAUUGACCUUGCUAGCGGAUACUAAAAGCAUUUAAUGCGAUGCAGUGCUAAACUGCCUUUACUUUGCUAAAUUGAUGUACUGGCUGUAACAGUUCUGUGAUGAUUUGCAAGAUUUUAACCAUAUGGCAGAAUAAAUAUGUAAAACUCUCGGUCUUCCCUGGAUCGGUCCUCCAAUUGCUUUAAAAAGAAAAUUAUGUCCUAAGGGACAAGUGACAAGGGCCCAGGAGGCUGAGGAAAACUACCUCAUAAAACGGGAGCUGGCCACCAUCAAACAGCAGAGUAAUGAGGCCAUUACUAAACUGGAGCAAGCUGAAAAUACCAUCAGGGAGCUCCAGCAACAGCAACAAGGGGUAAGGUACCUGGUAGUAACCUAAUCUCUUAUCUUUCUCAUUCACUUCUGGUUAUUUCUGUUGGACAUGGCAUGAUCUCUGUUCUGUUUCUCUUAAAUAUAUUGCUUUCUGUGAUAUAUGCAUGGAUAAAAAUUAAGAAAAAAUGAAUUAGCCUGUUUUUAAUAAUUAGAUUAAGGGGUUCCUAACCCUCUGGAGGUUGUUAGACUCCCAACUCGUAUCACUAGCAACCAAUAUAGCCAUAGAGAUGAUGGGAACUGAGUGUCUUGGUGAUGCAUAAGGAACUUGAACGGAGGACACAGUUCAAUGCAAAACAGGGCUUGGUUGGGUUGGAAUAACCAAACCUUAAAUCUGCUUAAAGAUGGAUUCCUCCUCUAUCUGUAGCCUGAGCUGACAGCAGGCCUUUAGGUUGAUCAUCCUUAGCACAGUAGUUUUCAGGGCCGUUUCAAAAUUUUAGGGCACCACCUAGUGGGAAAAAAGAGAAAUUAAAUUUGACCACUUAGGCAGUAAGGCGAUUGAACUUUGUGUGACUGACAGGUGAAUGUGCUUAAGAUGAUGCUGUACAACCAAUAAUUUGACAUUUUUAUUUUUAUUUUUUAAAUAGAUACCUGUGGUUUCAAUCUCAUACUUUAAAAUACUGAGAUAAUGUCAGUAUGAUUGUUUCCUUGGGUAAAACAUGUGCUCUCAAUUUGCCUGGCUGUUGUUUAAGAAAAUAUUUUGUGUGUGUGUGUAUGCAAGUGAGUGACUUCAUUACUGGAAGAACUAAUUAUGAUAACAUAAUUCUAGCCUGCCCUGAAUAAUAAACUUUAUGUGAAAGAUCAUUGAUCUUGGAAGAUUUUAAUUUUGUCCCAUAAUUUGUUUCUCACAAGUAAUAUUAUUGGAACCCAACCAAAACUAGAAACUGCCUACUUUGUUCUUUAGCUUUCUCGUAAUCAAUAGAUAUGUAUGGAAUAAUCCCAAAUUUUAUUUAUGUGUUGAAUAUACGUCUUGUAAUGAAAUGUGAAACUAAAAACGACAUUUUCAUAGGUAUUAAAAUAUACAUGUAAAUGAAUACAUCUGAUGGGGGACAGGGGAAGGAAUAGAAAUAUAGCUAGUCUGAAUAAUUGAUUUGGAUUACUAUAGUGUUGUGUUACGAUUGUGUUGGAGACUGUUGCGCAAGUGUAAAGACAGAGGCUGUAUUCCUGGGGAAUCUAAGGGGAGAUUAUUAUACUCACCAAAUUUCUAGGCUUUGUGUUUCUUUUCCCAUUCUUGGUGGAUGAUUGUUACCAUGAAAUAAUUUUGAAUUGCUUGGUAUUUGAAAUAUUGGGGUUGUAGCUCCUUAGUUAUCUAUGAAUCAAAUGGAGAUGGCCUUGGAUAAGUCACUGUCUCAAGGUGAUUGGGAGAAUAAGGAGGUUAAAAAGCAAUUCUUACAUACAGUGUGGAUUGAGGUAUAAAACAAAGAAUAAGAAGAGGGGCCAGCAUAGCUUUUUAAAAAACACACACACAACAACACUGAGAUUCUGAAAAAGCCCAAUUUUUGGAACCCUUCCCAUUUUUAUCACACACUUCUCUAAAAGCAGGCUCAUUAAGUUUAGUUUCCAACUACCUGACUCUCAGACCUUCUGUCUCUUGGGAGUGCAUGCCACUGAAAUUUCAUUUAAACGGAGAUUCAAGAAAUUUCAUUUAAACGGAGAUUCCGUUGUAUCUACUUAGGUGGCACUGCAAUCUCCACACACACACACACACACACACCCUCCCCGAAGCUCUAUGAAAUAUUUUCUCUUUUGGAAUGAGUGAAAUGCUUUUUGAUAUGAGAUUUUAUUCGCUCAAAAUGCAUCGUAGGAACUUUUGUUUUCAAAUGUAAGGCAGUCCCCACAGCAUUAGAGAAUGGUAAAUCCUGGGUGCAUUGUAGAAACGCAGGUCGCUCAGCUCUAAUAUGCAUUUCUACACGUGGAGAGUGUUGCUGCUUUCACGAGAAAGACAGACAGGACCUUUUGUUUUCUUACGAUCUGCUGCUUAGAAGCGUGUCUGCUGCACCUCCCCGUACCUUUUGCUUGUACAAAAGAAACCUCACUCUGCAAUCCUGUGCACCAGAAUUGGGAAACCUCCAAAUGUUGUCCUCCCAUCAGCGCUAGCCAGCAUUGGGGGGAAAUGGGCCUUACUCCGAGUAGGCAGGUAUAGAAUUGCAGUGUCAAAGUUAGCAUAUUUUCGAUGCUGCAGUCUAUACUUACCUGGGCCUAUGUGCCACUAACCGAAAGUAGGGUCCUCUGAGCAAACAUCCUUAGAAUUUGUCUGUAAACAUAAAUCAACGAAACACAAUUCUAUAUGCUAAGUUGUAGACGGUAGUUUUUUGUUUAAGCAGUAAGUUUAAGUUUGCCAAAAUAAGCUUUGCAGAUUUAAACACAUUCUUUCUCUCCUCCCCGCCCUACGGGGAAAACCAGGAAGAAAAUACUUACCCCCAUUACUUACAUGCCUUUGCUUCUCGUACAUCUUUCCACUAACCUACAGUGUAAAAACAAUGUGCUAUUGUACUGUAUUAAAUUGUUCAAUGCAUAACCCUUUGGGAUUCUGUCAUUAAACUCUCCGGUUUAUUGGCUGCGACUUGCAGUAAAUGGUGACAUCUUGAAUGCGGCGAUGGUGAUAUCGCUGGUGAAAGGCUUGAGGGAGAUCCAUUACAAUAACCUUUUAGCUAGAUCCUCAGCAACAGAGGCGCAAAUGCAGAUCUGUUGCCAUGAAGAGUAGUUUCCAGGAAGUGCUCCGUGAAGCUCCAUUGUGCUUUCAGGAGAAUAGCUCUAGCGGCUUUGCCAAAUAAAGAUGGCCUGGAAUUGCAAGGCCCAGCCUUUCAUUAGUCACCACAGCAGACUGGCUGACUCAACAUGAACUGUACUUGGGAGAACACAAUGACUUAAUGGCUAGCUGGCAAAGUAAAAAUAUUUAAUCCUUAAAAUAGCCCCUGUUGUAUCUUGAAGAUUGGGUCUAGUUUGUCAACAGGGACAAACUUGCAGUGGCGCCACAAAACGCUGAAAAGUUCUGACUCAUAGGAUGACCAAAACAAAACCUCAGAAAACUGGAGGUGUUUCCACAGCUUUAAAAAAAGCAACCUGCUGCGCUACUUAAACUUCAGGUUUGGGGUAUUAUAAAAAUCACUGUAAAAUAGGACUGGUUCCUAAGUUAGCAGGUUGUUGCUGUUUUUUAGUGUCUGCUCCCUAGUGGGAAUAAACUUUGUCUGUGUGUAAGUCUGAAUGAAAAUGCCUGAGGGGGGAAAACCUUCAUAGUUCACAGCAGCAGCACCCCUCCCCAUUGCAUCCUCUUGCUUUCUGAGCACGCUUGCACUUUUAAUGCCACUGCUUCCUCUCAUUUAAUGCUGAACUUACUCCCUCCAUAUAGCAAAAGUGCAGCUCCCGCUAUAGUGAAGACUUCGUUCUGCAGCUGGAGAAAGAGUUGGUGCAAGCAAGGCUGAGCGAAGCAGAAUCCCACUGUGCCUUGAAGGAAAUGCAAGAUAAGGUUCUUGAGAUGGAAAAGGCAAGUCCAAACCAGAAUGCUUUGCAGAGUGAUUUUAAGUGAAUUUAACAUAACAUUCUGUAAAACGUAGGUCCCUUUUGGCACAACUACAUUUAGCAUGGGGAAGAGUGUGUGUCCUACUCAGAAGCACAGUUGUUUGGGGCACAAGACGAGGCUUUUUCUAUUGAAGCUCCCACUUUUAGGAACUCUCCCUAGAGAGGUUCUCUCUUUAAACUUCAGGCAAGCUGCUUUUAGCAUGGACUAUCGUUCUGCCUGCCUGUUUUAUCCAUAUUGAAUUCUUGCGUGCUGCUACCGGGCCAAGUUCAAGGUGUUGGUGUUGUUUAUUGAAUUAUAUACCGUCCUAUACUCCGGGGGUCUCAGGGCAGUUCACAGAAUAAAAUCAAGAUAUAAAACCACAAAAUACCUAAUAAAAAUAAAAACAACAACCCAAUAGCCCCCUCCAAAAAAAAAAAAAAAACAUUUUAAAAGGCCAUAGGAUGUAAAUCAGAUCAACCAAAGGCCUGCUAUUAGUAUCUAAAGCCCGUAGCAACAAAAUCGCCUUAUCCCACAUGGGCCCAUUUGACAGAAUUGGCACAUAAAACUGUUCCGCAUUUGUAAGAACUCGGGUCGUUUCGUGUGGCAGCACCUGCACUUCGGAACUCCCUGCCUAUUGAGAUCAAGCAGGCGCCUUCGCUUUACUCUUUUCAGUGCAUGCGAAAAAUGUUAUUGUUUAGACGAACCUGCCUAGAUGGUAGAUAGGACGCGGGUGGCACUGUGGGUUAAACCACAGAGCCUAGGACUUGCCGAUCAGAAGUUUGGCGGCUCGAAUCCCCAUGACGGGGUGAGCUCCCCUUGCUCGGUCCCUGCUCCUGCCAACCUAGCAGUUCGAAAGCACGUCAAAGUGCAAGUAGAUAAAUAGGUACGCCUCCGGCGGGAAGGUAAACGGUGUUUCCGUGUGCUGCUCUGGUUCGCCAGAAGCGGCUUAGUCAUGUUGGCCACAUGACCCGGAAGCUGUACGCCGGCUCCCUCGGCCGAUAAAGCGAGAUGAGCGCCGCAACCCCAGAGUCGGCCACGACUGGACCUAAUGGUCAGGGGUCCCUUUACCCUUUACCUUACCUAGAUGCUUAGAAAGUUGAGAUAACUUUAACCCGUUUUAAUGUUUUAAAUUUUGUAUGUCUUAGAGUAGGUUUGUAUUCCCCACCCCCCUUGAUUUUUAUUGUUUUGUCUUUUUGUAAACUGCUUUGAGCUUUUACUUUUAUUUUUUUACAAUCAAGCAGUGUAUAAAUUUUAUGAACUAACUAACUAAUAGGCUAGCAGGUCCCCUUUCCUUAUAUAAUGAUCCUGCUCAAGAUAGAGAGUUUUAUUUCACCGAAACUUUAAGCCCAUUGAGCCAACGCAUUUUCAUUUGUGAAGAUUUUAAUGUCCUUCAAGUUUGGGGGGUUCUUUCCGUGCUUUGUAUUUCUGAAAUGCCACCUCAAACGUAUUACGCAGUUGCAAGAGGUUUGAGCUAGAUGACCCUUGCGUUUCUUUCACUUACGUCACGUAUUGUUUAAUGCAAAUAGCCUGCCUUAUACUCUCGGUUUCUUAAGAGCUUGCUUUGUUUGCAGAGGAACAGCUCUUUCCCUGAUGAGAACAAUAUUGCUAGACUUCAAGAAGAAUUGAUUGCAGUGAAACUAAGAGAAGCAGAAGCUCUGAUGGGUCUAAAAGAACUUAGACAACAAGUUAAAGAUUUGGAGGAACACUGGCAGGUAAGGCUAUAGACCUAGCCCUAAGACCUAGGGCUAAAGUUGAUUCAACAAUGCAUUGUGUAAACUGGACAUGCAGAGAGCUAGUGUACAAGAGGGAUGUUUGAAGAGGCUGGGGAUCAUGAGAAGAGACAGCAAGUGAGUGAGUUCUAGUUGCAGAGAGCCAUUCAUUUUGAUCCCCUGUUUAGCAAAUGCAGGUUUUUACAUUUGCCUCUGCAGCUGAGAUAGCUAUAAACUUUCUGCGAAAUAUGCAGUUUUCUGUGUUAGCAGAAUGUCUUGAAGCUUAUUUACUCAGAAGUAACUGCCACUGGAGGGAUGAGGGUGGCGCUGUGGUCUAAACCACUGAGCCUAGGGCUUGCCAAUCGGAAGGUCGGCGGUUCAAGUCCCCGCGAUGGGGUGAGCUCCCGUUGUUUGGUCCCAGCUCCUGCCAACCUAGCAGUUUGAAAGCACAUCAAAGUGCAAGUAGAUAAAUAGGUACCGCUCCGGUGGGAAGGUAAACAGCAUUUCCAUGCGCUGCUCUGGUUCGCCAGAGCAUGCUGGCGAGAUGAGCGCUGCAACCCCAGAGUCGAUCAUGACUGGACCUAAUGGUCAGGGGUCCCUUUACCUUUACCUUUAACUUCCACUGAGUAGUUCAAUGAGAGUAAUGCCCAAGCAACUAUACGUUAUAAUCUUAGAGUAGCUUUUAGUGAUCAGUUGCCAAGGAUUUCAAAUAAUGCUGUCUUAAGCAAUUUAAACCUUAGAGUGAGAAAAUAUGAGGAGACCGUAAGUAUUUCAACGGCUGGGGAAUUUUUUAAAUCAUUAACAAAAACAUUCAAGAUAUUGAUGUGCCUUUUUGUCCUUAUGAGUAUAUGUACAGUUUAGUGCUCGGCUGCUGAAAAUUUGCUGCUUUUAAUCUCCGUGUUCCAUAUUUUUCCUGCUUUUGGUUACUCAAGUUGAAUGAAUUCUCCUGCAUCCUUAUGCCAGUUGAAGAUUUAUUUUUUAUUUUAAUUCAAGUUGGGGAUUUUGUUAAAACAUAGCAAUGUUUUUAGCGCCAUCUAGUUCGCACUACUGGGAGGUGGAAAGACCCCCCGAAAAAGAACGCUGUAAAUGAAUUGCAAGAUGAACUGAUGACCGUCAGGCUCCGAGAAGCAGAAACACAAGCCGAGCUGAAAGAAGUAAAGCAAAGGAUGAUGGAAAUGGAAACACAGGUAAGGUCACUCGUCACCCAGAGGAAACUGAAUGUCAGGUAUUGCAUGGAAAUUAUUCCCUAAGGACAAAGUAUGAAAAUCGCUUGCAUAGCUAAAUGUAGUAUGUUGGGUUUGGAAGCAGGGUUGGGAAGUAUAGAGCUCUGUCCAUUGAGAGCAGACUCAGUGAAACUAAUGGACAUGACUAACUUGGGUCUAUUAAUUUCAAUAGGUUUACUUUGAGUAGAUCUUAUUCAGAUCCAGUGUAUAAGUUCGAAGUGCUACUAAUGUCUGAAGGAUGCUGGUAAUGACCAGUAGAGAAGAGAAAUCUUUAAUGAUACUAUUGUACUUUCUAACCUGUAAUAAAUAGUGUGUGGAGUUUGUCCAAUCUUGAAAAUGUGGUGCCACUUUUGAAGUCACUUAGAAUAUAGUGAGGUCAGCCUAGAUAGACUGACACUUAUAUCAUACCUAAACUGAUCUAAAAAAAUUGAUUACUGGGUGGAAAUAUGUGGAUUCUUAGGCAAUAUGUUUUGUUGGCAUGAAACUGUUUUGAUCCAGCUUCUCCUGCCAGUAUAUGCUCUCUGGCAACAAAAGCGCUGUCUAAGACUUAUCUUCCAUAUAAAAGGUAGCGAAUAACCGUAAGGCAAUACAUAAAAACCAAAUUAAAGUAGCAGAAAACGAGAAGCAGCUGUUAAAACCAUUGAGCAGCCUCCAUCAGUAAAAAUAACUGUAUAGCAUGUUAAUAAACAUCAGUACCGAAACUAAAAACCCAUCUAUUUAAUAUUAUUUUUUCUGUUAUGCAGCAAAAAGUCACUGGUUUCCACAGUACUUUCAGCCUGUAGGGGGUGCAAUUGUUCUAUCUGAUCACAUGUGCAAUAUGUUUCAUAAGAGAGAUGUGUGUAAGCCCUUAAUGUUGAGUACAAGUAUCUUGUUUUGAAUAAGCUGCACAUUCAUAUAAGCAGCACACACACAAAAAAACAAGUACAUCAAAAAUACUGCUAGGUGUAACUUUUCGUUCUUGAGUGGGUACUAGUACACCACUGAGUGGGGAUUGUUAUCCUCCACUCGCCUGAAAGCAGGGAAAAAACACCAACGCUUAGAGAAACUUCUAAGUUGCUCCUCCCUUAAGAGUAACAGUUGGGUUUUUUCCUCUGCCUUCCUUGAAGUAGACCUUUCUUUCCACUGGUGCUCUUCUGACUGUUUCUGGUUUAUUUGUGUGAUUGUUGUUUCUGUUUUGUAGCGAAUCCUGUUUUUUGUGGGGUUUUUUUUGAGGUUUUUCCUGUGAGCGAGUGAGUCUGUUUUCCCUCCUUGGUGUCUGUCUUUUCUUGUUGUUGUUGCUGGAAUUAACUUCCCAUCAAUUCUGACCCUUUCCCUCAAUUAAUUCACUGUUACUGAUUAAUUAUACCCCCCCCCCCAAGAAAGGUUUUUCACAGUUAAUAGAUUGGGACUGACCAAACUGUUGCAGAAGCAAGUAAAUGAUCAUUGUCUUGCUUUGCUAGUGGAAGUUACAAGCCUUAGGUUUGCACUAGCUUUCACAUAUUUACUACUGCAAAUGUAUAAGAAGACUGAGGUCAAGGCUAACGUAAUCCCCCUUGUUAUCUUUCUCCCCCUUGUUAUCGCUCCUAAACAUCAGAACCAGAUAAAUAGCAACCAUUUGCGGAGGGCAGAACAAGAGAUUUCCAGUUUGCAAGGGAAGGUCCAGUAUCUGUCCGCUCAAAACAAAGGACUUCUGGCUCAGCUGACGGAAUCAAAGCGAAAGCAGGCAGAGAUUGAAUGCAAGGUAACCCAAAACAGAAAUGCAGUGAACACUAUCUGUGUACUUUAAAACCAAGAUAUCUUGGAGAACUAGCAAAUUCUACCUGCAGGCUUUCUCAGGAUGGAUAUUUGAUUUAUAUUACAGAAUUGUAUUAAACAAGCUGACAUCACGUUUGAUUUUUAAAACCCUUUCACUUUAUGAUUAAGAGAGUUGUGUAUUUCCGUACUCAGGGUGUUUGCCUCAUAUUUGUAAAAUGCAAGUUGUUCAGUUCAAUUUCAGUGUUUUGAUGGAUUACAGAAUCCAUUGUCAGCAGAGGUGCCAUAGGCAAAAAUCUAAGGACAUUUGGUGAUUUCUGGCACCAUUUAUCAUCCUAAAACUAGUCAUCGCCUUACAUUUUAAUCGUGCACCGUUUGUAAGGAGUGUGUAUAUUCAUCUGCAACAACUGGGUCUAAUGUACAGUUUUAUAAUAAACCUUGAGGGCGAAGCAAAUGCUAAUUGGAUGCCUGUUUAUGUCGAGGAUGUGCCUCUGAAGACAGGAUGAGAUUCUGCAUUGUACAGUUCAUUUCCUGUUUUUAAUUAUUUGUCCCUUUUUAUUGUGCUUCUUGUGCACGUACCCUCACACACAUGGGAAAAGCAGAAAUGUAACACGUAGGGGACAGACCAGCUUUUACUACUUCAGACUGCAGAAGUGCAGAUCAGGGUGUAUCUUCAGCAUGCAUUAAAUUUUCUUAUGUUUUGAAUGCUGGAAAGAGAUCUGCAAUGGCAAAUGUAACUUUAGAGGCUGCCUUCAGCUGCACAUUCUCCUUGGCGAUAGAGCGGCAUCAUUCAAAAAUGUUUUAUAUAUCCUUGUAUUCACAGGCCGACUAUCCUUGCUUACUAAAACCUCACAGGUAGAAUUGUUUUAAAGGGGGGGAGGGAAUCUUGGGGGAGGAGAGUCCGCAACGCCAAUAAAUCAUUAAUAUUGUUGUAUUUAUUUUGAUAGCGUGGUCAGUCAGUCUCUUGAAGUAGCUUGUUGAAUGAAUUUAGAGCAAAAGGAUACUUCUGGCUCAAAUCAGUUUUUCCUUAAAUCUGAGCUUGCUACCCGUAACUUACUUGGAAUCACGUUUUUUCCUGAACUUUUUCUAUUCCCUCCUCACCCCUGUUAUUCCUAGAAUAAAGAAGAAGUUAUGGCCGUAAGGCUCCGAGAGGCAGAUAGCAUAGCAGCUGUGGCAGAACUCCAGCAACAUAUUGCAGAACUAGAAAUCCAAGUAAGAGUGUAAACCGUUCCCUUUGUUUUGUUUUUUCACUUCCUACCACUUUGUGUUUUCACUCUUUUCCCCUUCAGUUUGACACACAUUGGGUAACUCUUUAACAUUUCCUCUCAGUGUAGACAUAAUUCUGCCUGCCCUUUACACUCGUUUAUGGAAUUGGCGUCAGGGUUCCAUUGCCCUUAUGUGUGAGCUCCCCUUUAGAUGCCUCACUUGCAUUAACUAUCGGUUAUGCUGAUAUUGAGGGACACGGGUGGCGCUGUGGGUUAAACCACAGAGCCUAGGGCUUGCCGAUCAGAAGGUCGGCGGUUCGAAUCCCCGCGACAGGGUGAGCUACCGUUGCUUGGUUCCUGCUCCUGCCCACCUAGCAGUUCAAAAGCACAUCAAAGUGCAAGUAGAUAAAUAGGUACCCCUCCAGUGGGAAGGUAAACGGCGUUUCCGUGCGCUGCUCUGGUUCACCAGAAGCGGCUUAGUCAUGCUGGCCACAUGACCCAGAAGCUGUACGCCGGCUCCCUCGGCCAGUAAAGCGAGAUGAGCGCCGCAACCCCAGAGUUGUCCACGACUAGACCUAAUGGUCAGGGGUCCCUUUACCUUUUUUAUGCUGAUAUUAUUUAUUUAUCAUUAAAUUGAUACCCUGCCCAAAGGAGCCUCGUAAUCAUUGUUCACUCCUACCCUACAACUUGAAUUCUGCUUUAUUAAAAAUAAAAAGUAUAAUAUAUUUUAUUUUUAUUUACUUUGCUUCUUCCAAAAUGCACACGGUUUUCCUUCUCCGUUUUAUCCUGGUAACCACCCUGCCAGGUACAUUAAGCUGAGAGAAGAGGAUGACUCUCCCAAAGUCACCUAGCCAGCUUAAGUGGGGAUUUGUACCUUGGCAUCCCAGGUCCUAGUGUUAUGUUCUAACCAUGCUAUGCCACACUGAUUCACCGACCACUUGGAAUACUGCCACAGAGAAGUGCUUUUCAGUGGUCUCUGUUAAGACACUUGACUGAUGGCUCAGUAGUCAAAAGUAGGCAGAAGUGAGUGGACUUGCAUAUAGGUAUGUUCAAGUCUUCAGAGUGCGUUAAACAUAGCAUUGGGGCUGUACAUACACAACAGUUCUGAUGUACAGCGGUACCUCGGGUUACAGACGCUUCAGGUUACAGACGCUUCCGGUUACAGACUACGCUAACCCAGAAAUAUUACCUCAGGUUAAGAACUUUGCUUCAGGAUGAGAACAGAAAUCGCACGGUGGCGGCACGGCGGCGGCAAGAGGCCCCAUUAGCUAAAGUGGUACCUCAGGUUAAGAACAGUUUCAGGUUAAGAAUGGACCUCCGGAACGAAUUAAGUUCUUAACCCGAGGUACCACUGUAGUUCUUUAGCUGCUGGGUUGGGAAGACUUGCUGUCCAGUCUAAGCAUGACGAUGUACAUGAAGUGGGCAGGGCCCAUUGAGACAUGGAUGGCGCUAAAGUCUAAACCACUGAGCCUCUUGGGCUUGGCGAUCAGAAGGUCAGCGGAUUGAAUCCCCGCGUCGGACUGAGCUCCCAUUGCUCUGUCCCAGCUCCUGCCAGCCUAGCAGUUCAAAAGCAUGCCAGUGCAAGAAGAGAAAUAGGUACUGCUGUGGCGGGAAGGUAAACGGCGUUUCCGUGCACUCUGGCUUCUGUCAUGGUGUUCCAUUGUGCCAGAAGUGGUUUAGUCAUGCUGGCCACAUGACCCAGAAAGCUGUCUGUGGGCAAACGCCAGCUCCCUCAGCCUGAAAAUGAGAUGAGCGCUGCAACCCCAUAGUCACCUUUGACUGGACUUAGCCGUCCAGGGGUCCUUUAUUACACUUGCUGACUGAGAAGACAUUGCUAAACUGUGUCUUAAAACACAGCACUUAAUUUGAUUAUUAAUAAUAAUUAUAAUGUUGAGAGUAUAGCAUUGACUUGCCUCAAAACAAUUUCUCUGAGGAAGCCACAGAGCUUUCCUUUUAAGUCAAACUUCUGUGAAGAUUCUGAAACCAAAAUCCUGGCGGCCACUUCCUACCCUGCCAAAAUCUAAUUGCUGCUUCUACCUAAGCAUAAGGAACUAAUCCCUUCAGUGAUACAGUACUUCAAGUCUUAUAAAAUUGCAGCAAAGUACAGUGGUACCUCAGGUUAAGAACUUAAUUCGUUCUGGAGGUCCAUUCUUAACCUGAAACUGUUCUUAACCUGAAGCACCACUUUAGCCUAUGGGGCCUCCUGCUGCCGCCGCACCACCAGAGCACAAUUUCUGUUCUCAUCCUGAAGCAAAGUUCUUAACCUGAAGCACAAUUUCUGGGUUAGCGGAGUCUGUAACCUGAAGCGUAUGUAACCUGAAGCGUAUGUAACCUGAGGUACCACUGUAUUUUAUGUGCAGUGUGCCUGCUGCUCAGAAGCCUAUAGUUCAUAGCUCUUUCUUAAAACUGUUCCAAAUUUAUUCACUUGUUUAUAAUAAUAAAAAAAUACUCAUAUACUACAUUUUUUAAAAAGGCAGAGCUGUGUACAACAAACAUAUAUGCACACACGAUAAAAAGAUUGCAAUUGAAAACACAAACUGCUAGCUAACUCCUUGGUCGGGAGGCAUACGAAAGAUGCAAUGGAAAAAUAAUUGUAUCAGAUGCAUUUCUUCUUCAAAGUAGUUUUACUCAUUUGAGAAUCUAGGAGUUCCACUUUCAGGGUCAGAGCUGGGUCAUAGCAAUUACCUUAAAGCAUACAGCUUUCUGUGAAGAGUUUAGGUGUAAGUGUAAGACACGUUGGCAUUAAACAUCUAAAGUGCCCCUAGUAUUGCUACACCCACAUUACUACUGAAAUUACAAUCAAGUCCCUAAUUUAAAUCACAGUUUGGGGAGGUUGUCGGGAGGAUUAGCUAAAAGUGUUGGGUUCUUCCCCCCCCUCCAAAAAAAAAAAAGAAAUCCCAAGCAAAACAAAGGUGAGGGUUUAAUUUAUGCUUUAUGUGGAUACAACUAACAUGUCCAUCUCUAGCAGUAUUUUCCGAACUUGGGUCUCCAGCGUUUGGACUACAAUUCCCAUCAUCCCUGACUGCUGGUCCUGCUAGCUAGGGAUGAUGGGAGUUGUAGUCUAACAACAACUGGAGACCCAAGUUUGGGAAACGCUGAUCUACGGUAAUUUGAAUACGUUCUUGUUCUAACUACCAUAUUUUUCCAUGUAUAAGACACCCCCAAGUAUAAGACAAGACCCUAUUUUUUGAACCCCAAAUUAAGAGGAUUUAAUUGAGAGUAUUUAUACUGAUACUAGGAUCUCAAUCUUUUUCUUCUUUUACAUAUAUAAAUUAGUCAAAAGUGUGUGUGUGUGUGUGUGUGUGUGUGUGUGUGUUAAUAUGUUUUUUCAUGCUUUUUAAAGUACAAAAAGUUAAACUUCACACAAGAAAUGCUUCUGUUUGUCAGUGUUCAGGUUUAGCAUGUUCUGCAGAACAAAUUUAUCUGUGGCCUCCAGCAUUCACUUUUAAGGAAAAACUAAAGGCACCUUCCCAACAGUAAACUCUUACCUUUCAUGGAAAGAAGCCUGUCUUUAUAUCUUAUAGCACCUUUCUUUAAUAUCCAGGACUUGCAGAGUUCUAAAGAGAGAAUUUCUAUUUUUGCAAUUACAGGAAACUCUUGUUGUACUCUUCAGCAGUGUGAUGCGUUUUCUGAAAACCUAAAAUGAAUCAUCCCAGUCACCAAAAGGCCAUGCAUCCCCCACAACUGCCCUAAUGAAUAAACUUAAUUUAUGUGUUCAGUGUAAAAUGUCAUCACCAUGUAAUAGCAAAAGUUCAUAAAGCAGACCAAACUGAGAAAAGGCUGCAAGAUAGCUUAACUUCCACAACCCAUUUUCCCCCACUUAACUAUGGAUAAUCCGAUUAGUUAGCUAUGAAAUAAGAGCAUGUCUGUUUUCCCCAAAGGUGAGCAUGAUUCAUGUGCCACCAAGCUUUCAGAAGAAGUCAGAAUUCCCCAUCUCUCAUGGCCAAGCCUUUGGCAAGCAGGUUCCCCCCCCCCCCCAAGCCUAUAUAGAAUCUCUCCUUUCUGUGGCUUCUGUGGCUACCAAAAACAGAAGCAUACAAUUAAGUAUUUGUGCACUUUCUAAAAAUCACAUUUUGAUUAACAAACCAGACUUAUCCUGAGGGAUCAGCGUGCUUGGUUUCAAAACCUAUUGCAUAUCGGAGUUGUGGCCAUUGAUUUCAAUGGAUCUACUCUUAGUGAAAGGUAGUUGAUAUUCCACUCUAUUCUGCCGUGGCCAGACCACACCUGGAAUACUGUGUCCAGUUCUGGGCACCACAAUUUAAGAAGGAUGUUGACAAGCUGGAACAUGUGCAGAGGAGGGCAACCAAGAUGAUCAUCAAGGGUCUGGAAACUAAGCCUUAUGGGGAGUGCUUGAAGGAACUGGGUAUGUUUAGGCUUCAAGCUGAAAGAAAGGAGAUUCCGACUGAACAAUCAGAAAAACUUUCUGACAGUAAGAGCUGUUCAGCAGUGGAACAGACUCUAACAAGAGGUGGUGGACUCUCCUUCCUCGGAGGUUUUUAAGCAGAGGUUGGAUGGCCACCUGUCAUGGAUGCUUUAGCUGAGAUUCCUGCAUUGCAGGGGGUGGGACUAGAUGACCCUCGGUAUCCCUUCCAACUCUGAUUCAAUGAACACUAAUAAUGUAACCCAGUCAGAUGGGCGGCGUAUAAAUAAUAAAUUAUUAUCAUUGCUAUAUUUCAGGAAAGUAUAAAUUACUUCCGAAAUAUGAAAACGAGUCGGAAAAGUUUUAAGGUUUAUAUGGCAUUAAAUAAAGCAUGUUGGUUAUAUGAGGCUGGUUAUCCCACAGAUUUGGGGCUAAUUAAAAUAUGUUGUAUUUUGUCGCUGUGUUGAAGUCAGGUUUGAUGAGAAUAAUUAAUUACUAUUCUAUUGUUAAAAGGUUUUGAAAUAGAUUCUUUGUCCCAACCGCUACCUUUUUACUUUAAUUUUACUUUAUACUCCUUUUAAAUGCGUUUAUGGGAGGUGGCUGGGGAUAUUAGUUGGUUUGUUUUUUUGUUCCUGUUUUUAUCAUGUAUUUUGUGCUUUUAUAUAGUUUUUUUGUGAACUGCCCUGAGUUCUGCGGUUGAAGGGUAGUAUUAUUUCUGAAAUAGAAUGCAUGUUUGUAUUCUGUUUAAAUUCUGUUCUUUUAAUGUAGUUAUAAGCAUAGGUUUUUUUAAUAAUAAAGAAAACAAAGGUAAUACAGUACAUUAUAUAAACCUGGAAAGCACUGGGUGGUAUCCAGUAAGUCAUACUUGGAGCAGAUCUGUGGAAAUCAAUAACUUAAUUCAUUGAUUUCAGUGGUGUAUUCUAAGUAUGAUGUUAUCUUCUGACUCCACCUUUCUGAAAUUGUAUAAAAGGAAAUAAAGUACUACCUGAUCAACCUUCUUUUCUUUUAAUCUUUUCUGGAACAGAAAGAAGAAGGGAAAUUUCAAGGACAGCUUAAUAAUUCCGACUCAAGUCAGUAUAUCCGAGAACUGAAAGAUCAGAUAGCAGAGCUCAAUCAUGAGGUAAGCCAAAGAUUAUAAUUUUUGCUCACUUUGGUUUCUUUUAGUUAUCUUGAACCACUUGGUUUAUGCGGGGCUUUUUUGCUGAUCGUAGGUAAUUACUGUUUCAGUGUUUUUAACAUUCUUCAUUUAAUGAUUCCUCAUGACUUGAUAACAUCCAUAAUCUGACAAUGUUUUGGAACAUCUAACCCAACUGAAUUAAGAAUUAUGAAUUGUAAGAAUUAUGUGCGUUAGAGGUGUAAUAGUCCAGUAACAUUUGAUUUAUUUAGAUUUUUCAUCUUAAUUUAUUUAUGAAAUAAAUUUCCAUAAGUUCUUGCAUUGAAAACAAAACAGCUUUUAGUUUUUAAAUGACUUUACUAUUUCAGUCCUAUUUUUUUAUGCAUUUCCACUCUUAACGUGAAUGUUGAUCUAUCUGUAUUCUUUCCUUUCUGCCAUCAAGAAACGUGAUAUACUUGUACAAAUGAUAUAUUUUGUGCGAAAAUAUCACUGUUCUAAAAUGUAGCAGCAGUACACGUUGUCCAAAACAUGAACAUAAUAGAUUUCAACAGAAGCAGCUGGGAGAUGCAGCUUUGUCACUGGUGUGUAUGAAUAAUCAUACAAAUCAGCAACGAUUCAGAGGUGCCUGGGACUUCUGUAUGGCCCAUCUCACUUGAGAUUAUAGCAGAAUUCCUGCUUUGCCUUUUUAUCAACAGCACCUUUAACAAUCAUUAAACUCACUUGAGAAAUCAAUAUCCAACCAUCUUGCAUUAAACAUUUAUACUCCAAUCCAGCUAAGGACAUCUGUGCAUACAAACAGCCUACAGGUGCGUAUCACUUGCUGGUGGAAACGGAACUGUGGACAUACAGUAAAGAUUCAGAUAUACAUCUGAAAUGAAUUUGCAUCCAAUGUAAGGAUGCAGGCUAACUGCCCUGCCCUCUUGUGAAUGGGAUCCAUAUCCCAGAUGCCCAUUCUAAUAUAGGGAGUUGCAGAUUAAGAACUUAUUUUAUGUGCGAGUUCAAGUGUUUGCAGUCCAGUACCUGCUUGGAGAGCAAUUUGUAAAAUUUUGUAAAACAAAAGACGGUGAAUUUUUUCACGUGGUGGACGUGAAAUAUAACGAAAUGAAAAAACUAUUUAAAUACACUUUCCCAAAGAAACCAGAAGCAUUUUUGCUAGGGAUAACAAGGGAUGAAUUAAAAAAGGAAAAUUACAAACUAUUCAUGUAUGCAACGACCGCCGCUAGAAUCUUAGUGGCUCAGAAAUGGAAAUCCCACGAAAUCCCAACUUUAAUGGAGUGGCAGACAAAAAUGUUUGAAUACAUAGAAUUGGAGAAAUUGACUUAUAAGAUUUGGAACCAAAAAGAAGCAAAGUUCAAAAAGGAUUGGAGUAAAUUUGUUGAAUAUAUACGGAGUAAUUGUAAGAAUUUAAAAACUGUAGCAGGAUUAAUGUAAAUCUUGUGAUGUAGAUGGAGUGUAAAUAAGAAACUGUAAGAAAAGAUUUGAGACAUGAAAACCAUUGAAGGGAUAGAAGGAAGUCCGGGCGCAAUAAGGUGCAGGGUAAAUAAGAAGACAUACAAAUUUUUGAAUAUAAGACUAUUUGUUUUAUUUGUUGUUACAAAAAAGCAAUAAAAAGUAUUUGGGGGGGGGAAGGAAAGCAAUUUGGGCUGUGGGGGACAGGUAUUUCCAAAUGUAUACAGUGGUACCUCGGGUUACGAACUUAAUUCGUUCCGGAGGUCCAUUCUUAACCCGAAACCAUUCUUAACCUGAGGUGCGUUUUCGCUAAUGGAGCCUCCUGCUGCCACCGCACCGCGGCUGCACGAUUUUCGUUCUUAUCCUGGGGCAAAGUUCGUAACCCGAGGUACUACUUCCGGGUUAGCGGAGUUUGUAACCCAAAGCGUUUGUAACCCGAGGUACCACUGCAUAAGAAUUGCAGCCUACAUCCUAUAAUUCUAUUCUUUUGCAGACUAUUUAAUUUUUUUUAAAACCUCCUAAUAAUUGAAGAGUAGUUUGAGAAUAAGGAAGAAUAGUGGCCAAGUCCCAUUGUACAGUGAGGUUUAUUCCCAGAUAAACAAGCAUAGGAACGCAGCUUUUUCGUCAAAUCAGUACUCUGCUUCUGUGAUACUCUGUGGAAAAUUAGGAUCUGCUAAUGUUUACACCUCACUUUUAUCUUCUCUUUUGGAGUUGUUCAGCACUUCAGGAUGACAGAACACAUUUUUCUGCGUUACAUAAACACCUUAUAAUGAAUCUUAAUGCAAUUUGGGAUUCCAAGAAUUUCAGACCUGACUUUUGUAAAGAGGUAUAAAAUUUAUAGAUCGUCUUUUGAAGUCUCAAAACCCAGAGGGAGAGCUAGAGAAGACAUCCUAGGCAGAUGGAUGAGGGCAGUUAUGAGUUUUACUCAGCAUUCCAUCCCAAACAUGGCAUUGUUCCCCUAAGACAACGAAAUGUCACAACUUCAAAGGGAUGUAAUUUAAUUUAAUAUAUUUAAAAAAAAAUAUUGAAGCAGGAAUUUCCUCAGAAUCGCAUUCGGACUUGUAGUGCAUAUCUUAGACAACUCUAUAGUCAAUAAAUGCAAAUAAUAAUAAAAAUUGCCCUCCACACGAUUAAUGGUCCCUCUCACUUUGCUUCUCUAAACAUUCAUAGGCAUGCUAUGGUUAACCUUGUAAGUUAAUCUUCCUUUUAAAGUUGUGGCAUACACAAUGCGACUACAACCUUUUGGCCAACUGAAUGAGGGAGACAUUCACAGAUGACUCAGCAAAACAUAGGAAAGAAAUAGAAGUUAGUGUGCAUGCCUGCAAUUUUCAAGUUUGAAAGACAAAUCAAUGUAUGGUACUCCUGAUCUUUAAAAAAAAACCAAAACAAAAAAAACUGGUCCUGUUUAUAUUUUAAGCUGCUAUAAAUAGGAUACUACAAAGCUUUACCUAUUGAAGAUCUGCCCUAAUGUGUAUUUAUAUUGUUAUGAGGUGCUCCGCUUAACAAGUCACAUUAACACACACACCUCCCACUCCAUACAACUACUAACCUAACUUUUCACCUUCCCAACCCUAUUUUUGAAGCCACUUCUCUCUUCUGUUCUUCAUCCCUUCACUUUUGGACAGGCCUUCACCAAAAUCUUCACUAUAAGCAAAAAUUGGUGGGGGGUGGGGGUUCAUUUAAAACAUUUUAUCCAGCCUUCCAUUAAAAAUUUCCCAAGGCACCUAACAAUUUUUUUUAAAAAAACCCAAAAGAAGAAAUUGAAAUGUUUGUAUACAAGAGUUACAACAAUGUUUAAAAACCAGCAGUAUACAGCAGGCAGAGCAUUUAUUUAUUUAUUUAUAAACUGCUGACCCAAAAAGUCCUAAGUGGUCGUUAAAUAAAGUUAUAGAUAAAGCACGGCUAAAAUCCACAAAACAAUAAAAACGAAAUAUAUAUAAAAGUAUCAUCAUUAAAAGCAAAGGAUACAAUAGAGAAACCUUUAAAAAUAAUUAUAGGUGACUAAAUCAUGUGUUUGGAUGGAGCUGACCUAAAUGGAAGUUCUUAGGAAGACCAAGUGAAUAUCAAUUUUGCACCUAAAAGUUAGCAAAAUGCCCCAGAUCAUGAAAUAGCCUCUGUUAAAUAAUUGGUGGCGAAAUGAUACCAGUGGUGCCAGUAGAGUAGGUGGUGUCUGUGAAAAAUUGGGAAGGUCUUUGGGCUUGAACAUGGCUUAAUAAGGCCUGCCCUUUCGCUUGCCUUUCCAAAAUUAUAUUCAGUAGAUGCAAAAUAAUAAGAUGACUGUGUGUGAGGGCUUUCUGUCCUGUGUAGUGCAGACUAGAGUGCCAUUAUCUCAUGUUUUGGACUAAACAUGUGGCACAUUUGCCCAAAAGAUUGGCUAAUGAUUACUUCUACUCUUAAGAUAGGGUUGUCACACACAUCCGGAAUUUGGCCUUCAGAAACAGCGUACGGGCAAAAAUCUCUGAAAUGUCCUGGAAAAUCCAGGCGUAACCCAUGUCGGAAGUGUGGAUUUUUGGCGGAUUUCAUUUUAAAAGUAGCUCAGAAACUUCAUUUUUUAAAGAUUUUGCAAAACAAAAAAACACCCCAACAGCUCAACAACUUUUGUGUCUGGAUUUUCACUUUUUGAAAUAUGUCAACCCUACUUAAGAUGGCUUUCCACUCGAUGCAGAACUGUUCUUGGCCACUAUUAUGUUCUACGAAGGCAAGGCCACAACUGCUUUGAAAUGGUUGUUGUUUAUAAGAAAGCUGAAGAAGGGAGGGAUACACAAAAGGAGCACCUGCUUUUUGUGCUUCCUGCUUGACAUAAAGGCCAGGCAUAUUGGCUUCAUUGCCGCUUUUGUUCCAUGCAUAGAAAGGAAGGUGCAUUGGAACCAUCAUCAGUUCAAACUGGGUCUUGAAGGGGUCAGCGGAACAAAUACCUAGACAGCCUCAUCCAGUCUGGACUAAAAUAAACUGUUGACUGUGUUAGAGUAUAUUCUCUCAGUUGCAUUAUUUCCCAGUUCAUACUGAUUGAUUUAUAAACUGCCUAAACUGCCCCGGGGGAGUGGGGAGUUCCUGUUGCUUCUUUAUAUGCUCUGUAUUCCUAAACAGUUGUCUUGGCUUCCUGUUGGAUGUUGCAAGGAACAAAUGUGCGAUGUAGAUUACAAAGAGUGGUGCGUAAGAUUAGAACUGAUAGCCUUUCUCACACAAACUUAACAGACCACAAAAUACUUUGGGAGGCAGAGGCAAGGAAUAGUGGCUUCUAGUUGUAGAGUUGAAGAACUUUGGAACUGUGUAAAAAAAACCCACACGUUUGUGUCGUACAGUUUUCUGUGUCUGCUGUAGUUCCACGAUAUGCAGAUUCUGACCCUUUCCGUCUACUGAUAACAUUUUCCCAUACAACAACAUGCAGUUUCUGCAUUGUAAAUCUCAUGGCAGUAAUACCUGAUUUAUAAUGCUGAGCAACUCUUCCAAGGGAGAGCCAAAAGCAAAUUGUUUGCUGUUGUGCCUUUUUGCAGAAUUAAUUGAACCUCCAGUUUCAGAUGGUGAAGUAGUUGAGGCUCCGUCCGAAACCUUGUUCUGAAAACUUUUCUAUUCUGAAACAGCCCCUCCUAUAUUUUUCCAGUUCAAAAAUUGUUGGAUUCUGUGAUGUCCUCAAUUAGGAUUGAGUAUUGCAUGAACUGCGUGCAGUAUUUUCUCCCUGCAAUUAAAUGUAAAUAUUAUUUACAUAUCACUAUUGAUAUUUAUAAAAGUAAGUCUAUAUUUACUAGUAUUUCACACACUUGUUAUCAUUUCUUGUGAGAAGAGUAACUGCAUGCAAUAGACCUUGUCUAGUCUUCCUCCUUUAGCCUGUGCAAGCAAUAAUAGUGAUUUAAAAGUAGUUCCCGGCUGUAGAAAAAAUAUUCUUGCUGGUGGUUCAUAUGCACUCACCCCAACUCCUAUAUGCACAACACAAUUUCAUAUAAUCAGCCCCAAAGAAUCCCCUAUUUAUGGCCCCUUGAUGCCUUUGCCUUCUUUUGCUCUCUGGCAGCUGUCACAUAAGGGGAGAUGAGAUAAGCUGGGGCCCAAAACUGCUCAGGUAGGGUCUGUGAUAAGAAGGGAAUGCUUUUUAGCUAAAUAACAUGUAAACAAUCGUCGUCGUGUGUCAUUGACUUUCAACCACACCAAAAACACUUGCUUGGCUUAUUCAGAUAGGAAGUUUUUCGCAAGAAAGAAAGAUAGAUUGCACUUUCUUCUUCUCCAGCAUCAGAGCUUGAGGCUCAUUCUUGCUAUCUUCAUGCACCUUAUGCUCCAACCCAUCUGAUAUUUCUGUCCUAACAACCUAAUGCAAACGGUAACAGAUUCUGAUAGAGGCGCUAUCUCGCCUUCAAAUCGCGCUUCUCUUGAACUAACUCAAGAUGGACUUAAUGAAGAUCGACAUUCAGCUGCAGAUCAAAUGCCCUGCUUUUAAACGAUUCGGCUUGUAAAAAUGAAAUUGUAAACACUAAGUAAUUACUCGUGGAUAAAUAAUUCAGGCCAUAUAUGCAAAGGGCCACCUUGGGACGAGGCUGAAUAGUGGGAGCAUAUGUAGGGACUUGCUUUCCUGAUCUGGUCAUGGUGACAUGCGCCUUAGUUACAUCACACUUGGGUUUGUAUACAAUAUACAUAGGGCUGCUUAUGAAAAGAGCACCAAAACUAUAUAAAUGGUCCAGACUGUGGCAGCUGUUAACAGGGAGCAUAUAACUCCACUAUUGAAGCAGCCGCCCUGGCUCCCAGUUUUGUUCUUGAUGAAGUGCUGAUGAAGAGUCUUAAAAGCUGUCCAUGGUUUGGGGCCAGGGUUUCCAGAGGACCUUCCACUCCCAUACAAGCCUGCCCAUGUAUUUAGAUCUUCAUCAGAUGCUGGAGCAGCCUGCCUGGAGAGGUGGAGCCACAAAAAUAGCUUCCUGGCAGCGGAAUCACUGCCGCUUAACAGUGUCAAGCUCUGGUCUGCCAGGUUGGCUCCACUGGGGCACUCGUACUGUAUUUCCAACAUGGUUGUUUUUCUCAUUCUUCCCUCCAGUAGUGAUACUACUGCUGGAAAGCUGUUGAUGGCAGCUCUGCCUCGCUGGGCAAGCUGGUUAUGACCAGAGGUUUUCCUAUGUUUCCCCAGAAGUGUGCUUAGUUGGGAGCAGGAAAGGACCUUUUACAGUCACUGCACCCAGGCUCUGCAAUUUCUUUCAAGGGAGGAUCAUCUUCUCGCCCAUCAUAAAUUGCCUUCUAUUGGUUGGCUAAACAUUUCUGGUUAGAAGGCUUUUGGGGGCAUGUAUGGUUUUUACGCGGGUGGCGCUGUGGGUAUGACCACAGAGCCUAGGACUUGCCGAUCAGAAGGUCGGCGGUUCGAAUCCCUGUGACGGAGUGAGCUCCCUUUGCUCGGUCCCUGCUUCUGCCAACCUAGCAGUUCGAAAGCACGUCAAAGUGCAAGUAGAUAAAUAGGUACCACUCCGGCAGGAAGGUAAACGGCGUUUCCGUGUGCUGCUCUGGUUUGCCAGAAGCGGCUUAGUCAUGCUGGCCACAUGACUCGGAAGCUGUACGCCGGCUCCCUCAGCCAAUAAAGCGAGAUGAGCGCCGCAACCCCAGAGUCGGCCAUGACUGGACUUACCUUUACCUAUGGUUUUUAAGUUCCUGUAGUGAUCUCCCCCCCCCCCUUUUUAAUAAUAAUAAUAAUACAUGUACUGCUGAAAGAUGCCCAGGUACAUUAAUAUCUGCUUUGCAAUUUUUUUGUUCCGCUUUUAGUAACUUGAUCAUUUUGUUCUACUGAGUUUGAUUUAAGAGUGCUGACUUCCUUGAAAAAAGGGCAUAAAUGUGCUAAAUAAAACUUAGACUUCAGGAAAUAGUAUUCUAGAGAACUAACCAGGCUUACCCAGGAAACUGAAUUAAAGGAAUCUCAGUCAGAAAAGUUACUAGCAGAAUAAAUCUUAAAUAAGUGGAAAAUCCCAUCUAGAUUGAGGUUCCUAAUUUUAUUUUCCACAGAAUGACUCCCUAAAUCAAAGUUAAAUUACUUGAGACCUCGCAGAAUAUACAUUGGACAAAACACUUGAAUUCCGGCAGGUUUUUUCCUCUUUAACCAGAGAACAGGCUGAUCCAAAACAGAAAAUAUUGGGGCAACAUGGCUCCCUGUAGGGUAAUGAUGUUCUUCGAGCAUGGAGAAGUAAGAUAACUAACACCACCAUGGUUAGGCUAUAUAUUAUUGUAUUUGGAAGAGAAUGGGUUGGCAUUCGUUUCCGGUCACCUGAUAGGUAUUUGCUUCUUCAAACUGCUACUGUACUGUAGGAAUUCUCUUUGUUUAAAACAUGUAAGCCUAUUGGAAGAGAUCAUGUGCUGGCUAAAUUGAACCAUGGUCAACAUAAGGAUUGCUGCAUGGUGUCUAAUCCCUAGAGUUGGGGCUGAAAAAUGCUAUGUCAAUUGUGCUUCGCGAAUGAAGCAAUACACAUGGAUGUCUAAAGGGGCAGCCCCAUAAGACCUUUCGAGUCGAGAAUCUAAAAUUGCGUAGCUGCACCACUGCCUGCCACAUUCUGCCCAUUGUUAAAACCAACAAUGGCCUGUCGUCAGCACUAAGAAAAUUAACUUAAGCAACAUAAAUAGCCAUGUAUAGCAAGAGCAAAGGGUAGUAUCCAGCAAAGUGUCCUCUGGCUGCGCAACAGAACUUCCUCUGCCCGCAUGCCCUCUGAAUCUGUUCUGGGGGUUCCCUUUACCCUCCAGAUCAGAUUUGGGGUGGGGGUGCACAAGGAGAAGGAGGAUAAGCUCCACUUCGUAAAUGGAAAUCCUCGUAUACCGGUAUAUCACCUUUCUAUAAACCAAGCAAGCAGAGCUGCCAAACCUUUCUAGUGAGAAAAUUCUAUAAAGCCAGUGUUAAUUGAAGAAAAUACCCUUUCCUUUGUGCAGGACAGUCUAAGACUAUGCUGGCGUCUGUAUCGGGGGCCCAUCCGACGACCUAAGUGCUUAUGAAAGGAACCAUUCUCUCCAAUAUUUUUUUGAGCUGUUUUAUUCGAAAGCACGUCAAAGUGCAAGUAGAUAAAUAGGUACCGCUCUGGCAGGAAGGUAAACAGCGUUUCUGUGUGCUGCUCUGGUUCGCCAGAAGCGGCUUAGUCAUGCUGGCCACAUGACCUGGAAGCUGUCUGCAGACAAAUGCUGGCUCCCUCGGCCUAUAGAGCGAGAUGAGCGCACAACCCCAGAGUCGGUCACAACUGGACCUAAUGGUCAGGGGUCCCUUUACCUUUAAACAUGUUGAAUUUGGUCCAGAGGCUGAUAGGGAACUGCUUGGUAUAUGCUGCCGCUACCCAACUCCUACCUACAUGCAGGCUGCCAGAAAAAUACAUUCCUGGCUACAAUCUUUAACUGAGCUUCCAGAAGCACCCUGAAACUAUGCAGGAAGGGUGCAGCCCCAUUCAAAACAGGGCUAUUUGAACUACCGGCCAGUGACAUGUUGGUUUGGUCUAUGUUAGUUUCAGUUCAUUUGCUGAUCUCCAGCCUACCUACACCUCCAGAGCUUCUCCAACUUAACUUGGUUCAGAUAAAAAAAGAGGAAUGGGAGAUAAAUGCCAUCUGCGUACUGAUGGCACCGCUUUCCAAACCUUUUCGAUAAUCUCUCCCAGCCUCUUCAUGCGGAUAUUAGAGUAAAGGAAGAUGAAACCGUGUCGCAUCACAGUUUCCUUAAAGUGGAACAGCCAUUCCAUCCAGCAGACCAUCUUAGGAGACCUUUCAGACUGGUAAGAGCGAGCUACUGCUUAGCAGUAGUCAUCCCACAACGUUGCCAUGGUUGAUGGCAUUCAUAGCUUCUGGUUGCUGGGCUACAACUCCUCGUCAGCCCUGGCCAUUGACCAGGCUGGCCGAGGUCAGUGGGAGUUGGUGUCCAACCAACUUCUAGAAAGCCACCCUUCAGUAAUCAUGGUCUGUAAUGGAAUUCCAUCAGCUUUGUGGGUCUAUCAUAGCAUUUUACUGUUGUCUUCAUCUGCCUGCCCUUGGGCUCAUCAGCACAUGCUGCCAGAGUGAUGCUUGUCAGGCUUUCACGAGCAAAGCUUUUUCAAUACACUGAAGUGCAGCCAUUGUGAUAAUCUUAAGAUAAGCAUUUAAAAGCUUUGCCUCAACUCGGAAGAUUAAGGGUGAGAUUUCCCCCCUCUAAAUAAAUAAGUAAUACGACAUUUACUCUAGGUAGAAUUUUUUAAAAAAACCACAGUGCAGCAUUGUAGCCCAAAUCAAGCAUGGGAGAGAACGCAAACCUUUUUUUUUUCCUUUUUUUGCCCCAUAACCCCCUGACAUGAAAAGGAAACAUGUUAGCUCUCAGAUUUAAAAUGUGAGUUUUUCAACUUGUGGUUGAAGCUUACAGAGCAAUAAAUCAUGUGCUUUCCUUACAUGGUAUCUUGCAAGUGCAGUUAAGACAAGACCACCAGAUUUGCCCUCCCAUAAGUCAGCGCAGCUAUUGGACAGCUAGAAAGUUGCUGUUUUGCUAGUACGUGUCAGAUACUGAACCUCUAUGCUGGCGGAGUCAGAUUUCAAUAGUUGUGGUCACUCUGAGGAAACUGUGAUGUGAUAAGAUAGCGCUUGUGAGGUCAUGUGGUUAACAAACACCCAAUCUAAAAUAGCAGCUUAGUGGACCUUAAGUUAAAAUAAGUAUAGUUCCUCAGCUGUGUGUGCUGUGUUUUGUGCGUUCUUAGACCCAGAGCUGCUGUUGAUGCUGAAUAACCUAAAAUUGAGGAUUCAGUAGCAUUUUUCAUAAUAGGGUCUCGCUCCAUACUUUUUCAACCUCAUUCUUUUAUCUUAGUGGUGAACAUAGGUAUGUGGGAACAGCACAGUGUUGUGAAACACUACAGAAUUCUAGAAAAUCAGGUUGUUCAUGUUUGUUAAUGAGUUUAGCAUCCCCCCUCAAAAAAGGAGUACUUCACUUUCAGAGCUGAUGGUUUCCUUCUCAAUAAUGUUUAUUGCCAUGAUCUAGUGGAAGAGAUGUCUCUUUUGCUGAACCUCUAAAGCACAUACAAAUGAUUUGGAUUUUUUUUUUCAUGAAGUCAAGAGACAUCCUUAAGAGGAGAGAUGGAGAAAGAGAGGAAACUACUAAAAAAUAUAUCAAAUCAAUAUAUGCAUUUAAUAGAAAGUUUUGAUAGGCAAAUAACAUUGAGAGAAGGGCAGAGAGAAGGGAGUUGGUUAUAAUCAUCCCACUUCAGAGAAAUUGAUGGAAAUGGGCCUGUAUUUUGCAGAUUUCUAACUUCAGCAUUGAGAUGUUGGAAUGAAAUACUGAAUGAAGUCUGGAAUAAUUUUAGCUAUGGUUAGAUAGGGUUGAAUGGAUUUUUCAGUAGAUUACUGGAUGAUGCUGACACAUAGGUGAACAAAAUUUUCAUUUUCUUUUCCUGGCCCAGUUAUAGACAUGAAAGCCAUAAUCUGUCACCUUAAGCAACCUUUCCUUUCCCAACUGUUUACCAGAAAAAACGUAGAUUGAGAUCUAUAAAUAGCUUCAGAGCUAUUGAUUUAAAAUAAACCAUGGCACUUGAAUAGCUGCCAAGGAUUGUAAUCCUGCAUUUAAUUUUUGUUGCUGAUUUCUAUAUGUCACCCUAAAAAGGAGAGGGUUUUGCUGUUGUUUUAAGUAACUUCUCUCUCUUUUGAAACGUGUUGCUUGAAAAUGGCACCCAAGGGCCAAAUUCACCAACAUACGAAUUCACCAAAUUUAACAACAUACGAGAGAAGUAAAAUUUGACGAUGCAAUUACCGUAUUUUUUGCUCUAUAAGACUCACUUUUUCCCUUCUAAAAAGUAAGGGGGAAAUGUGUGUGCAUCUUAUGGAGCGAAUGCAGGCUGCGCAGCUAUCACAGAAGCCAGAACAGCAAGAGGGAUUGCUGCUUUCACUGCGCAGUGAUCCCUCUUGCUGUUCUAGCUUCUGAGAUUUAGAAUAUUUUUUUUCUUGUUUUCCUCCUCCAAAAACUAGGUGCGUCUUGUGGUCUGGUGCGUCUUAUAGAGCGAAAAAUACGGUACAUAGUACGACAUGGAAGCCUGUUCUUCUGACUACUUGUUAUCUUUUCAAUCACGUACUUUCUAUUAAGAUUUCAAAACUUUUGAUUAUAUGGUAAUACUCUGAUCAAAAAGUCAUGACCUUGCCUGAUCAAGUUGUUGCUUUCCUGUUCUGACAUGAAAGCUUCUGGUCUCAGUGUGUCGCUAGUUUUGAUCUUUGUCAUGUAAGCAGUACAGCUGCCCUGCCUUAGCCUCCUGUUUCCUUUCGGCAUUUUUGCUCUUGAUAACUGCUAAAAGCUGAAAACCCCAACCGCUACCACCUUGAUUUUUUUUUUUUAAUAGAACAAAGGAAAUUUAGAAAUUCAAUAUUAAGUCUUUUACAUAACCUUAAAGAUAUAUACCGGUACUUCAUGCUUCUGUAUUCUUGCCAACUGCAUAACCUAGGGAGGUUUGCUGUGACAAAGCUGCUUCAUUACAGUGCACUGUUGCAUACAUCAAAGUAAACUAUGGUCCUGAAAGACCUACAUUGGCUCAUAAUACAUUUCCGAGCAUAAUUCAAAGUGUUGGUGCUAACCUUAAAAGCCCUAAACGGCCUCAGCCCACUAUACCUGAAGAAGUGUCUCCACCCCCAUCGCUCAGCCCCAACACUGAGGUCCAUCUCCGAGGGCCUUCUGGCGGUUCCCUCACUGCAAGAGGUGAGGUUACAGGGAACCAGGCAGAGGGCCUUCUCGGUAGUGGCGCCUGCCCUGUGGAACGCCCUCCCAUCAGAUGUUAAGGAAAUAAACAACUACCUGACUUUCAGAGGACAUCUGAAGGCAGCCCUGUUUAGGGAAGUUUUUAAUGUUUGAUGUUUUAUUCUGUUUUAAUAUUCUGUUGGGAGCUGCCCAGAGUGACAAGGGAAACUCAGCCAGAUGGGUGGGGUGUAAAUAUUAUUAUUAUUAUUAUUAUUAUUAUUAUUAUUAUUAUUAUUAUAUUUUGUAAGACAAAUGUGAACAGGGAGGAACCACUCUGAUCCUCAGGCUCACAUGCUCACUCCAUGCCUUUCCUCUCCUCAUGUGGUCAGGAGAAGGACUUCAGCAACAUUAAGCUUCACUUCGCCUUAGUUGCCUUGUCCUGUUAUCUAGAUCAUAGAAUCAAAGAACGGUAGAAUUGGCAAGGACCACAAGGGUCAUCUAGUCCAGCCCUCUGCAGUGCAAGAAUCUUUUUGCCUGAUGUGGGGCUCGAACCACGCCACUGAGAAUCUUGUGCUCUACCGACUGAGAUAUUUUGAGAUCUGGGUUAAAGGUAUAAAACAAACUCCAGUUGAAAAAAGGCAGCUUCAAAAGCACAUUUUUGAAGUUGGCUGGUUUUGAAAGUUACCGGAAUUUGUUACAAACUGUCCACAUGACACAAAAGGGGACAGGGAAACUGAGGCUUGUGGUUGUCUGCAUCUCAUGAAACCUUGGUUUAGUGUGACAUGUGAACUGUGUUGAUAUGUUAUAUACAUCAGGGGAACUUGUGCCCCCGCCCUCCCCGUAAGUUGCUGGUUUCCACUUCCUACCAUCCCUGCAUAUGGUGGAAAACACCAGUGUGGAGCUAAGAGCAGCUUGAGGGAGAGUAGUUUAGAUCAGGGAAACACAGGAGAAAGAGUUAAAUGCUAACUGUUCAAAAAAGCAGAGAUCUCUAAUAAUUCUCAGAACCACCACAAAGCUGCAGUUCUGCAAGAUUCUUUGAAGGAAGUAAUAACUGAUAAGAUUUUAACCUUUUAUAUUUGUGGUAAUGGAAGUACCGUAAUUCUAAAGCUCUUACUUUCAAAAAGUGCAUGUUUGAUAUCAAGGCAAUACAGCUGGCUUCUUCACGAACUUUGACUUAACAACUGAAUUUUUGCACUAAAUGUUUACAGUUCUACACACACACACACAGAGUUUUAACAAGGAAAUGACUAUAGAAAUUAAUAUUCUAUUUUCCCCCAGAAAAAUCAAUCUGCCCUUGAAAUUAAGUUGAGUUGAUUCAAGCAAAUAUUUGUAUUUUAACAUGCUACCUUAGUUUGCGCGUUUUUAAUCUGGAUUAUUUAGGAAUGUUUUAAACCUCUAAAUUUUUCUCUGCUGUCUUUUUCCUUUUGCCUAUGCUUGGGUUGACAGUCAGCAACAGGUAAGAGCAUGUUAUGAGAAAGUUCAAGUGGAAUGGAUUUGACUACCUUUCUAAGCAUGGCUGCUUUGUGUUCUCAAAUAUAAUAAUCCACAGCUUGGUAAAUAACAAGUACAUAAAGUAUAAGUACAGGGCGAGUCUUUUAAAAAAGGCCCCAUGGAACAUGUGUACUCUGUAUCCACUGGGCCUCUAAAUCAGGUAUUUUGAGCCACUAGUCAAUUCUGCCACUUUCACUGGAGACCAUUAAUGAUGGGCAUUGUAAUUUUUGACAACUCCAUAAAAGCCAUUGAAUAGUUGGGACAGUAGCCAGCAUGCUAUGGUGUCUUAUAUUUAAAUUUGGCAGGAUCUCUUGAGAAUUUCCAUUCCUUAAUACUAUGCGCUGUGGAUCAGCCCCAUGUUCUGAUACCAUGCUUCUUCCAUUAAACCAAAUUAAAAGGGGCUUGAGUCCACAUAUCUAUUUAGAAUGAAUAAUUCAGAUUUAUGUCGGUAACACAAGAUAUUUUCUACCGCUUUUUAGCAUGAACAAGAACGUUCUUCCGUGAUCAGCAUCCCUAGUUCUGUUCCGUCAAAAGAGAUACAAACAGAAUGACUUGUUCCAGUUCUGGUUUUGAAAAUAGACCCCUCUCCUGCAGUUGGAGCUAAGACCUGGAAUAUUCUUCCUUAGUUAUAAGCUGGGAAAUGGCACCAGCUUUCUGUGUGAUGUUCAAACAAGUGGAAGGCAGGUGUCAAGGACUGGAACUAGGGACAAGAACUAUUGAUCAAUUGUCCUUUAUCUGGAAGGUCACAGUACUCUUCCCCAUUUUGGAAUGUGGUGUCUUCCCACUUAGGGUAAACUCAUAGCCAACUUUGUUGAGUUGGAGAGAAUAGCUUCCUUGUCCAUCUGUUGAACCUCGGUUAAAAAAAAAUUUUUAGUCUAAAGCCUAUGGAACCUUCCUUAAUCCUGACACAUACUGAACACUAACCAUCUCAUUAACUCAAGAGCCCGUCAUGGACAUGUUGCAUCAUUGCACGUUUCAGGCAAAUCUCACAUCUCUAGUACUACAAUAGCAGCAUAAGGAGAAUCAUAGAACUGUUGAAUUGGAAGGAAUCACAAGGGUCAUCUAGUCUAACCCCCUGCAGUGCAGAAAUCUCUUGCCCAAAGUAGGGCUCGAACCCACAACUGUAAGAGUCUCAUGCUCUGCUGACUGAGCUAUCUACAGGGAUUUUGCUGUUUGUUUGUUCCUUUCGGGUAUAUAACACUGCUGUUUUUAAAUAUUGCAAGGUAUUCAGAAGGCGUGUGAAUAUGUCUAUUUUGAAACUUAAGAAAGCUUCAAAAUAAGAUGUUGAAAUUGGUCCUAAGGUGGCUGGUUUAUUCAUGCUUAAAGUUGAGAAAUGUCCCAAACGGUGUCUUUCUGUCUCUCUCCCUCUUUUUGUCAUAAUACAGAACCAGAAGGAGGAAUUCUACAGCUCUGCUUGUGCAUAUUUACACAAGAUCAGGUUUAGAGAGGGCUCCUAGUUCUGUCAGACACCAUUGCCAGCUGUAGUGGACUGUCCCACAAAGUGUCGCGAAAUGUUCGUGAAAUAAAACUUAUAGCUCAAUGCGUGGCUUCAGCUUGAGUCGCCCACUGUGCAUAAACUUCAUGCAAAGCAUCUAUGGCAAUUUCAGUUUGUAUAAGGGCAUCACUCAGGACUGGAGGAACUUGUGGCCUGGGGGCUGCACGUGAACCACAGCCUAAUUUCAACGUGGGAAGCGAAGGGGAAAAGGGAAAUAUGUUGCCAAACACCUGCCUUUUGCCUUGCCCACCUCCAGCCUGCACCCCAACAAAGUACCCCCACAAAACACACCCCUCAGCAGAAAAAAGGUUCCCCGCCCCUGUCUAAACAUAUUGAUUUCAUUUCAGCAGCCCCUCUGUUUACAGUGUAGCAUCUUACUUAAGGUGUUCUGCAUGUAGGAACUGAGCAUGUCACCCUUCGGCUUGACAUCUAGAUUGUUCCAUUUGCAGUUAUUGAAAUUUAUAGAUCACUGCACUAAUAAAGCGCUUGUUCAACAAGCUGGAGAAAUGGCUUUAGAAAUCUCUGGAAUGCAUCUUUUCCUCAGUCAAUGUCUCCCACCCCCAUUUUUUUUAAAUAGCAAGAGUAUUUGCUCUAUGUUUCUAACCAUUACACUGUAAAUUCUAAGAAUGAGCACCAGGAGUAGAAUUUAAUUGUCCGGUCAAUGUGAACAGAAGAUGCUGCAUUUAACAUGAAUUUUAAGUAAAUUUGGCUAUGUUUAUGUACUCUGCUGUUUAUCAAAUGCUAUAGUGAACUAAAGGUGUAUUGAGGGUGACGGUGGAGUAUAAGUGUGACUUCACUAGUGAAAGCUUGCUGUGCUUGUGUUCUGUUUUUUUUAAUUUUCUCUAAGGGGAAAGUACUUCUUUACUAUAACACAUUCUUUUCUCAUCUUUGGCCUUUGCACCAUGUCGAAUCCCAGAUUUCCCACCCCCAGCCUCAUGUCGUGUAAUGCUGUCUAGGAAGCAAUCCCCUCUGCCACCAAAAACUAGAGGAUUGGGGUACUUUCCUGAACAGUGGGGGGAAGUAUUGCUGGGGGUCACAGGGGGGAAGGAGGAAUUGGCAAAAAUCACCUCCUAUCUUCAGUCAGCAGGAACCUCUGAACGCAGCUCAUGAAAGGAGGGACAACUUGGGAUCAUUAUAUGUGCAUACACACAUUUGUUUUUGUUUCUGGUGAGGGUGAGCAGUGAUUUUGUGUACACUCAAAUGCUACUCCUGUCCUUAUAACUUGCGGGUGUACUUUAAGAUAUAAAUGUUUAGUUGAAUAUGGGCAUAUUCUCCUUUCUUGAGCUGAAAUGAUAGGCCUGUCGGCUAAUGUUUAUAUGUGUCUGUCCUUUCUUUUUACAGAUCAGAUGCCUAAAAGGCAAGAAACCCUUCCCAGGCCCACACACCUUUGAUGGGAUUCAUAUUGUGAACCAUUUGAUAGGCGAUGAUGAGUCCUUGCAUUCGUCCGACGAAGACUUUAUAUCAAACCAUGUUCAGGAGUCUGGGGUCCAUUUUCACUUGCACAGGAGGACUGGUCCGAUGGACUUGACUCCAGCCGCGGCAAACAGUAGUGACAGUGAUAUUGAAAACACUGAAACAUCAGACACCAUCGUUCAGAAGGAAAAUAACCAAAAAAGAGUGGAGUCUUACUCUACUACUGUGUAACCACUGUGAAUGGUAUUGGCCUUCAUUCUCUAGGACCUUAUUCCACGGUCAAGAGAAAUAUCUUAAAGGUCUUGGACUUGACUGGCUCUUACAUCUUAUCUGACGUGUGAUGUGUUGCACCUUACUAUUGGCCUCUGUAUUUGCCAAAUCUUUUAUCUCCAACUUGUUGUUGCCAUAGAGUAGGACUGGGAAGAGGUUGGAUGGAUGAGAACUCUAACAGUAUUAAUAUUUCCCGUAUGCUUCUCAUGCUAGAAAAUGCACACUCACAACUUCUUCCCACUCAAGGACCAUACUACAGUUUGUAAACAUGGGAAGUCCUUAGUCUUCAAAGGAAAAGUGUACUUGUGCAAUAUUUAAUGCUCUGUGAACAAAUGUGUUCUUUUUACAUAAACUGUUUGUGAUCACAAUGGAUGUAUCAGAUACGACAUUUAUCUGGUUGAGUGUCUUAUUUUAAUCUAAAGCCUUUACUUGUGCUAUUUUAUAUAAUAAUUAAUGGUCACACUUCGUUCUAAAGGAUUAAAGAAAACCUUUUAUUAACCGUUCUGUGCAUCUGCUUUUGAUGUGUUGCUAAUGGACCUGAUCAGAGUAUGUUAACUACAAAUAAUGUCUAUUUUGUAUAUAUUUAUAUAUCCUUGGCCCUGCAUAAAAAUGUACAUUGAAUUUUGUAUGGGAAGUGUAAAUGUUACCAUAUGACUGGACUCAGCAUUUUAAAAGGAAAUGAAAUUCUGUUUAAACCAAGUAAAAUUGGAAAAUGUUUAUGAGAAAAAUGGCAAAAACACUAAUUUUAGUUUUAAGACCUCUGCUUACCAAAUGACCCACAGAUUCAUGCCCUACUGAAAUGUGUUCCAAAUGACACUAUUGACUGAAAUUUUAACUUUGUGUAUAUGUAACUAUAUAAUAAAUUUUUUUCAUGAUUUAAUA